AAAGGGAAAGCAGACAAUAGUCCUGCAGAUGUCAACUGCUGUGUAGCAACAAUUUAUGCUUUGAAAGAGGACAAGUGAUAAUACUAUAUAUAGUUAUUUGAUAUGGUAACAUGGUAACAGUAACAACUGGAGGUGAAAAGACCACCUUGUGUCUCUUUUAUGUAUGAUUAAAGUAUUCUAAUUCUGAUUACAGGGUUAUAUCUUUUUCAUCAUUUCAUCAUCUUUGUUUUGGAUACAUAGUAUAAGCUGUAGUUUAGCCUCAUCAAAGUUGUACACUGUUAACUUCUGCUCAGGAAUAAAUGGAGAAAAAGAAAAGUUAUAAACUUUCCUGGCAUGUAUAUCUUCUCCUCAUAUUGAUACACAGGGUUCAUAUUUUUUUUAUUCGGAUCAGAGAAAAACAUGAAGAGUGACAUUGUUAGAAACAGAAAUAAUAAUAAUAAUAAUAAUAAUAAUCAUCAUCAUCAUCAUCAUCAUAAUAAUACAUUUUUUGUAGGUGCCUUUCAGGGCACUCAAGGACACCUUACAGGACAAUUAAAGACACAUCAGUAGGACAAAAUAAAUAAAAAACACAUCAACACAACAAAGUUUUAAAUAAAAAGUUUUAAGUCUGGACUUUGCAGCAAAACAUCAAAUGCUAGUUAGAGUAGGCCUUUCUAAAAUUAUGAGUUUUCAGGCGGGAUUUGAUUUCACAAAGGGAAAACUGGGAGCAAUUGUAACACUCAAUAUUCCCAACAGGAAUCAGGUCGUUCUUAUAACACUUGUAAAUUCUCAGUUCAAUGCCUGCUGGAAAUAAAUGGGUUCACUUCACCACAGUAGGAGGUAUAAAGGAAAAAGAGGUGAUUAGGUUGAAAAGUGUUUCUUUUUUUUCUUUGUAUCUUUCUGUAUCUGCUUUUGGGGAAGAAUAGUCUACGGUUUAGAUUGGGAUUUUAGCAUACUAUGGUUUUUGCUGUUGUUUACAAAUUGCAUGAUAUGCACUACAUCAGUGGUUCUCAAGUCCAGUCUUUGAGGCCCACUGUCCUACAUGUUUUGGAUGUUUCCCUGCUCCAACACACCUGAUUCAAAUGAUCAGCUCGUUAUCAAGCUCUGUAAUGGCUCAAUAACGAGCAAAUCAUUUGAAUCAGGUGUGUUGGAGCAUCCAAAACAUGCAGGACAGUGGGCCUCGAGGACUGGACUUGAGAACCACUGCACUAAAUCAAAUAAAUAGCCCAAAACUGCUUAUGUAGCAGGUAGUUUCAAGUAUAGCCUUGCAUCAUUUCACAUCUCUUUUUUCCCUUUUUAUUAAUUAAAAAAAACCCCAAAAGCCAUGACUGUUAAAAAAAAUCAUCCCACUGAUGCCUUUACUCAAAGCUGGUUUGGCAGAGUUGCAAAUCACUAUUCAUGUUCACCACUCAGCUUUCACUUCAUUAGAUUUUAUUUUGAAAGUUACAGCGGAAGUCUUAUCCUUUCAUUGUUAACUUUACACCGAGGGAAAACAGCCGGGCAACAGCUCCUUUCAAGAGUUGAGGACCAUGGAAGUAGCCGCCGGCUCUGCACAGAGUCUGUUCACUGAUUUUCCUCUCUGAAAUACCUGAAUACUCUUCUAAAUCAUCGCAGCCAACAAUCCCCGACAGCAGGCCGCCUAUAUGGACUUAUUAUGGUGCUGAAUUUCCCUGCAGCUCGUCGCAGAAACGGAGUUUUCUUUGGCCAAACUGGAGUAACUAUCACCCCGGAGCUGGUAAGUGAGCUCUCCUUUGUGUUGACUCUCUGCUGUGGCCCCAGUUUGCCCCCUUUACUAACACUUCAUACCUUAAGAAAUAUAAGAUCGGAGCCACUUGGUCAUUAUUUAUCACCACACCAUAAACAAACUCGCAGUAUUUACUACACUGAGAGAGGAAUCCUGCAGGUCGUGUUGAACAAGUUAUCACCACCUGUUGCGCGACGUCAGUGUUUAACCAGCCGCGAUAGAAGCGACCGCACCAAUGAUACUCAAGCAUUUCCCAUGACUGUCAGCUGUGAUUUGUUUAUUUUGCACUUGUCUUGACAUGAUGGACUGAAGCUGUGCAUGUGAAAAGUUAACCAGACUGUAAAACAUCAACACUGAAUUCCUUAAAACCUCACCAGUGUUUCGGUCUAAAGGGUGACUGUGUUGACUGACGACUUUGGGCCAAAUACCUCAAGUUUUUGGAGCCUGCGUUUGGGCCUCAGAAGAUGUAUGUUUUCAAGGUACAGAGCUCAACAAAGCCUGAAAUCACCUCAAAGAAACUAAUUUUACGGGAGGCAGCGUUACUGACCAUGAAAUCCACCAUUUCUGAAGAGAUCUUAUCCAGAUUACAGUACUUUUAAUAUCUGUUAUAGAGUUAGUAAUGGAUCAUUAAGGGGGCAGCUGGCACCUGAACCUUAAAUACUCCAGAGACCACCCUGGACCAAAUGUCAUGCAAUAUUCAGAACUUAAGUGUUGGACUCAAAGGCCAAAGCAUUUCUGAAAAAAGGACCCCAAGACCAAACUGCUUGGAGUUAUAAGGCGGCCCUGUGUAUGGGCUAACUAAUCCUUAAGGCAGGUCUGAAUGCUGCGUUCGAGUUACCUCAGAAGUCAGAAGUCCGAGCUGAAAAUGACGUCACACCCAAGUUACCAGCAUUUCAGUUACCAAGUUGGAAAAAAGCAAAAUCGGAGGCCUGAAGCAAGAUGACUACAUCUACGAAAGUUAUUUUAGCACUUGCCUUAUAUUCAGACAAGCCCAAAAAUAACUUUCGUAGAUGUAGCCAUCUUGUUUCCGCCUCCAACUUUGCUUUUUUCCGACUUGGUAACUGAAAUGCUGGUAACUCGGGUGUGACGUCAUUUUCAGCUCGCACUUCUGACUUCCGAAAUAACUCGAACGCAGCAUAACUCUAGGCUUAUAUCUGAUGUCGACGUCAUAGUAAAUAAAGACACAUUUGGGAGGAUGCUUUUCAUUUGUGAACCACUAUUGUAGCCAUGACAACCACUGACACAUUUGGCUGAAAGUCACCCUUUGGUACGGGUUGAACUUUGGGGGAGAAAAGUUUUUUUACUUAAUCUCGAUCCCGAGAACAAAGGACCCUGUUUCGUUUUACAACCUCCUUUUGUCCCAUCACCUCAAAUUCACUCUAUUUCUAUAGGGUCAACUUUGCUCUUCAUUUAGUAACAAAUUAAGGUUUGGACCAAUCAGAACCAGGUUUUUAGAUCAGCUGGGUGAUUAGGUAGAAAGUUGGUGAUAAACUCAGUUAAUUGGUAAAACAGAUUUUACAAACGUUACAGCACUGUAACUAGAAGUGGAGAGGAAAGUUGCUACAAUAGAAUAAUUAGCUCUGAACUAUCAUGUUAAACAAAUUGACCUUAUCUCCAGGAGUCUUCUAGCCUGCAGCAUCUGUUGAAGCAGUGUGAUAUUUCAGCUCAGCCCAGAAUUCCACCUUUCUGCAGUGGGAUUUUGUCGCUGGUGACUCAAAGCUCAGCUUUCCUUUGGCCCUGAAUGCCUCCAGCUCACAGAUUGGUGUGUCAUCUAUUGUUUGCUUGGUAAUUAGUCUGCUGUUCAAAAGUGGCUCCCAGGCGUUGUCAGGGUUCCCGCACUGUAAACUUACCUAUGGCCACAAGUCUCCCACAGUAUAUCUUCUUCCCUUCAGGGUUCAGUUUUCAUGAAAGAAGCAUAAAAAAGAACCAAAGCAUUUCCUGGUACCGGCCAAGACGCCGGUUUUUCAAUCUCCUCAGAAAUCUGCUAAUGUGCUUAGUGCUCAGUGUUGGGGACAAAUCAGACCAGUACUGUUUUCUUCCUCAAACCUGAGUCACAGGUCAGGAAUUCAAGAGUGUGUGGAUUCUGCAGCUUGGAUGUUGUUUCACCACCUCCUUUCAGUUCUUCCCUAAGGUUGAGGUAAGGAGUUAUGAGGUAGGCCAGGUCAAACAUAGGUGGAUAAAUGGAUAGCUGUAAAAUUAGUGUAAGGUCUUUACAUCAAAAGUGAGAAAGAUGCGUAAGAAGGAGCAGUAACAUGGAGUGUAUCAUGGGACUGUGGUCAAAGGAACUGUGCUUGCACUUUGGUAAUACACACCUCUCCUCCCAAACUCGAUGGCUGAGUUUGUUUCACUUCCAGAAACUGUGCAAGUUAUUUUAGAACUGACGUCAUAUCAAAUCUGAAGAGUCAGGGAUCAUUCAGUUCUUGCAUUAAGAGAGGGGAGUGAAGCUCUAGCCAUGAGGAGAAGUUGUCAUAGAAGCUUUGAGUUGAAAAUAAGAGUGCAGAUCUUUGGUGCUGUCCAAUACUGUAAAAUAUAAAAUAAGCUGUAUUGUUUCAAGCUUGUAGUGAAAAGGUGUCAAUGAUUUUGACAAACUUAAAGCUUUUCAAACUGAAACAACAACAGGGGAAAUUUCAGCUUCACUAAGUCAAGUGCUCAGGGCUGCUGACUUCCAGGAUUUUGAGUCAUGUCAGAAUGAGUGAGUGAACAGUGACUGGUUUUGGGUAUGACUGAGGCAACACUGUUAACUGAAGUAAGUUGGGGUGAACUCAAGAACUCUGAUACACCUUUAGACCAAGAGAAUUCAUAUUCAUCUUGUGUUGACAGUCUGGGUCUCUUCAACAGUAUUGUAAUGCAGCUGUGCUGUCGCCACACCUAUGUACUUAUAGAUGAUCCCACAACUGUAAUAAUUGCUUAAUGAUGGCGUCUCAGAGUGUCCUUUUAUAUUGUGUUGUGAUGAUGUGAAAGCACAAGAGGUAAACACACACCAAAAGAGCUCCACUUUCUCACACUUAGUGCUGUCCUGCCCUGUCUGCUCCACCUCUGUUACACCUCUUUCCUGACUUAAUUCACAUUGGUACUUGUUUCUGGUUAUAAUAAGCAUAGAUAUACAAGAUCGUAAUCUGCAAGGCAUAAUGGUUUUUAUUGUUAUUUAAUUAUUGUAAAUUAUAAGCUCAAUUUCCCCCUACCAUCAAACAGCAGACAGAGGUCUACUGUGCUAUUCAGCACACUUUACUGUAUGUUAACACAUACCUUUUGGAAACCAUGCCGACAGUAUGUUAUUUCUGAGGAGUUGAGUCUGAACCCUUGACCACAUUUUUUUAAACACAGAACCCGUUUUAGUCCACAGGAUAUUGCCCAAAACCACAGAAAUGUGGCCAGCUACCCUGACCUCCAGGGGAGAGGAACUACAAGGAAACCGGGUCAGAUCUAUUUGCUGUCGUUGUUGAGCUGGGCUUAACAUGUCUGAUGCAAAGUUCUUCAAGUAAUGAAAAUCGCUGUUGAACCAGGAUUUGUCGGAAGCACUUGAACCGAAUCAUUUAACCUUCUGACUUUUUCAUGGCUCCCUCUUUCCUCCAGUGUCACCUCCAAAUUAAAAUCCUGUUCGUAAACUGAAGAGCUUUAGAUGAGUACUUCUAUUACUCCAGCUGCAUUAAGCUUUUUGAGGUCACUAGUCCAGUUGUAAGCAGUGUCCUCUCAGUUCAAGAAGGGUUAUGGUUCAGAUCCUUGGUUGGACGGGAGUGUGCAGGUUCUGAUGCAUGUGUUGAACCUUUCUGGCAUUCUCUCUCAGUCAGUGCUUAAAGGGUUAAUUAGUGACUCUUAACUGCCCAGAGAUGUGAGUGUCUGCAUGAAUAGUUGCUUGCCUCUACUAACAGUGGACCUGUCCCGUGUGAACCCCUACCCUUGACAAUGACAUGACCGCAAAUGGGAUGACUGGUACUUGGAUAAUGGGCAUUCAUGGGUUGUACUCAUUGAUGACUCAUGAAUGAAAAGAGACGUCUGUCGCUCUCAUCAGCAUUUAGCAUUCUUUUAUCAUAGUAAAAAAAACACCCUGCACCUUUUAUUUACCCUUGUCCUGUCAAAAUGUGUUGGAAGAGCCACACAAAUGGAUCUGUUACUUUACAGUUUAAACAUGUUUUAUUCACCUGUAUUUACAUGGGACAGUAAAUAAAUAGAGUUUAAAUGAAGUUUCUCAUUGUUACAUUUUAUUUGGUAAGAAGCAUUUGUGAUUCACCCAGAAUAUUCUCACCCCACUUUUGCUAGUUUUGCUUAUAUCUGAAGGAAACUAGUACAAUUAGUUUGAAACUUCAGAAGAGAGACACCAUGGUCACUGCCAGAAGAAGACAUGACAGCUAUAUUAAAGUCUUGUCCCACUGCAGCAUUCUUGCAUUUGGGGGACUAAACAUAAUGUUCUUAGCUUUUAUUUCUGUCUUUUUAAACAGUUUUAGUGGAGAAAUAAAAAGCUGUUGUCCACAAUGCCACACAUUUCAGUGGCCUUUUUAAUAAAACCGUUAAAGAAGCAUUUAAAAAAACAAAUUGACUCUGAAAUAUCUGUGUUCUGGUGGUGCACUCUGGAGCUGAUCUGUAUUUUAGACAGCGCCCACACUGAGCAGGUAUCGGAUUGAACAGAGGAGAUUGUUUAGGAUUGGAAGUCAAACAGGAGGACUGUUAAGACCUGCCAGUUAAUCUUGAACCAGGAAAAACACUAUUUAUGGACACCCAAAUAUGCGUUAAAAUUAUUUAUCAAUGGUGAAUAUAUUGUCAACAACUGUGACACAGCUGCAUGUGAUCCAUGUCAACCACAACAGCAUACAGAGAUAAAAAGCCAAUGUGUCUCUGAUUAUUAUUGCCAGGACUGUGGAAAACAUAAAGAGUCCCAAUGGAUACUUCUUUGUUCAGUUAUUCAUUAGAGACAAAGCUGAUGAGCAAAUUUUGACAUUGUAAUGAAAAGUGGACUAUGUAAUUUUUAACAGCUGUUGUAACCUUGACAACCCCACAUCAGUCAGAAGUGAACGGUUUGUUUGCAGCACCAGUAUUGGACUUGGGAAUGAUCCAAAUCCAACCACGAGAGGAACUUUAACAGUUUACAAAACUAUGUUGUAGUUCCAACCACAACAAGUGUGAAGAUCUCUUUGAAAGUUUCCUUUUUGGUGUGAACCUAAAUAAGCUGUUUGUGACAACUCUUAACAUUUCUUUUUAAAGAUAUUCAGAGAGAGCGAACUGGUCCUGUGUUUGGCACUUGUGGUUGACUUAGUUAAUGUAGUGUAUCAUGAGGAGCAUCUUGGGUUUGAAGCUUAAUUUAGACAUUUUUUCAUGGAGGUCCACCACGCAUAGUUCAGCAUUUUUAUCUCUGUGGUGCAGACUUUGAGUCCUGGGUGUGAGUCGGGGUGUAACGUGCAGGGCAAAUGCUUUGAUAGCUGUGGCUGCAGUGAACUCCCCCGACUGUCAAUCAAGAUAUGUGUGUGCACAUGUGUGCAGUUUCACUGCAGUGUGGUUGGUUUUUCCAUGUAAUGAAGCUCUGUCCCACAAAUCAUAGACACACCCAGCUAGCGUGAGGGAAAUGUGUUACACUUAACACACUUUUAAGGAACUAAACAUAGGCUUUGUAUAAGGAAACGAAAUAGUUGCCAUCAUACUCCCCGGUCCCCAGUCCAACCACAACCCACAGGAAAUCCCAUCAGACGGCAGAGAGGCGCGCAGGAAUGGUGGAUGUUGACGGGUCAGGAGGUUCGUUUCCAGAGCUGCUGAUUCCAGCUCAGUGCCCCAGUUCACAACACAGCCUGGACUUUUGGUUUAAGGCAAGGGCAAACUCUGGAAGAAAUGCAUGUCAGGUGGUUGGGUAUCUCCUUGAAACCUUCACAACUUUGAAUUAAGGGGAGUGUAUUCAGCAGUUUUCGUUCCUCUUGCUCCACAGUUGUGUAAAACCAUUUAGAGCAGGUAUAAACAACCUAUUUCUUUCUUUCUCAUGUUUUUUUUUUUUUUUGGUUUCAAACAGUAUUUCCUUCUGCAUGAAUCUUUCUUUUUGCAGCAGCAGGGAUGAUUGUUACCCCUCUAACCUGGCCGGAGGUUAUUUCUUUUGUGCAGAAUUAUCAAAUGAUGAACAGCCUCAUGCACCCUACUGCAGUAUCCAGAGAUCUGCGAAGCUGCCCAGACCUUCUGUGUCCUCCUCAGACUUUACUGAAUGAUUUCUGUUUCGAGGAGCGUUUUAUAGAACAGUCACUUCACCCAGAAUAAAGCUGACAACAAGUCAGUGCAGCAUGUGUCUUGUUCAUUAAGCUUGGAGGAUAUUUUGACACCUCCAUCCCAGGUGCCCCUCUUUCUCUCUCGGGUAACCUUCGUAAGUAACCCCCUGCCCCCGAGGUCAAGGUCUGGAGCUGGUUUGUGUUCUGUACAUGUGGAAAGGUAAUAAAGCAGCAGGGUUAUAAUGAGGGAAACAGAGAUGACAGAUCUGUCUCUCACACACACACACACACACACACACACACACACACACACACACACACACACACACACACACACACACACACACACACACACACACACACACACACACACACACACACACACACACUGAGCCAAAUGACUUUAAACUCCUGUUGUGUUGGUAGUUUCACAAAUGAGAAAACACAAACACACAAAAGUACUUGUAAUAAUUAUUAAAGAAAGUAAAUGUAUAAUUUUUACAGAUAAAUUCCACCUGUGUCAAACCUAGAAGGCUUACUGCUGCUGCUACAUUUGUGAGGUAUGAUGAAACAAUCCAAUGUGGCUGAAAUAAAGUGUGUGAACCAAAGGUUCAAAAGUUUACAUGCCCUAACUCAACGUUCUCAGAAGACAGGCUUGGACACGUUGUAUGGGCCUCAGGCUGUGUUUGGCUGUUAGUCACUACCAAUAUUUACAUGAAAAUAUGGGCUUUAAGUUUCACUGUUACAAGGUUUUAGAGACCGGAAAGCAGUAAAAGUACAAUCUGUAUUAAUUUCCUGUACUUUGUCCUCAUUACGCAUCAGACAAACCGUUUGUUCGGUUCAAAUAUUUACCCUAUCAUAACUUGGAGAACUUCUGCUGAAUGUUUUGUCACUUUUAGGAGCAAACAGCACUAUAGUUUAACUUUUAAGAUGCUGGUUUAGCUCGUGGGUAGGGGACCCAUGUACAGGGGCUACAGUCGUCAUGGCACAGGUCAUGGGAGUACGUCACUGUCCACUCCUUUCCCCGUGUUUAUGGUCUCUCUUAAGCUGCAAUUUCAAAUUCUUAAAAAAAUCAAAUAAAUAUUGCAGUGAUUCAACUCUCUUCAUUGAUUGGUCAGCUUUGGAAAGAUGUAAAACAACAGGUAGAUAUUUUCUGGCUACUUUUUCUUUCUUUGCGAACACAAAUACUUGUGUUAUGUCAUCAAGUGUUACACAAUGAACACUUAAAGGGAUGAAUUGUUUGUAAAUCCUUGUGAUUAAUUUGGCUACUACAAACUCAUUCAUAACACUCAGGGAUCUUGGAUGCAGAUCAAGCGCUCAGUGGGAAGCAGCCCAAAGGAGGCUAUUACAGCAGGCUUUAACACAGCGAUACAGAAGGGCUUGUCUGAAUGGGAGUAGAAUAAGUUUGUUCAUAAUCAAACAGCCUGACGUAUAAUCCAGAUUGUUUGGACAUUUCACUCAGCUCCAGGAACACCAGCUGUCAAAAUGCUGCGUUAUUACACUCCCAUAAACACUGAAACUCCAUGAGAAAGCACAAUGAACCUCAAAGGGACAAGAGCAGCUGAAUCAACAGCAGAAAGGAGAGGCAAUGACUUUUAUUCACACCCCAGGUUAGCGGAAACUGACUGAAUCAAACAGCAACACUCACACUUAAUACAUCUUCACAGCUGUUGGUGGGAAAACAUUUCUCUGUGGAAAUGUCACAACCUUUGUGUGAGGGCAGGUCAAGACUGUAUGAGUUAAUUAGCUCUAUUGAAAUGCCUACUUUAAUAGCCAGUGAUGACAUGAAAAGGCAUGCAGUUUGUCCGACUUCCCGUAAAAUGAAACAACAGAGAGGUUUAAUCGGUAUGAGGCGGCUCAGACGUAAGCUUUCUCGCUCUUAUAGAUUAACUCACCAGAGAAAAGUAGAAACCCAAACUCACACAUUGUGUCAGUGUUUCUUAAGAGUCUAACUGUAAAUACAGCUUAGCUGCUGUGGAACAAAUAUGAGCAUUCAGCUACACAUUGUUUGAAUGUGUCUCCCAGGACUAAGCUGCUAACCCCCCUAUGUCUAGACACCCCUCAUACUUAUCCUUAUUUCACAGUUUAAGACUGAAGCGUUCCCCCUGAAGGUCAGUGGGACUUGAGCUGUUGGCUUUUAAACUGAACUGGCAUGUAAGUUUAAAAAUCAGAUUUUUCUUUUAGCUAUAUUUUGGGUUGAGUGUUUUUUAAUCAACAUUUUGGGUGAGAAAAGAGUCAAAGUCAAAGUCUGGUUAACUCCUGAUUUUUGACCAAAUGUGGGAUUAGCUUUUAUAGUUAUCAUGCAACCGCAGGGCUUAACAGCAACUUUUUUUAGAAGUAGCACAUUUGCUACUAAGUUGAAAAAGUAAGAAGUACUCAAAGAACUUAAGGGGCACAAUAAAAAUUGAUCAAAUAAUGUGUGUCUUAUUGGUCGACAUAAGUACUAUUAUUUGAAAUCAAUCUUAGGUCAAUUGGUCAAAUGUAGUGGAAGCUAUUGAAGAAAAUGUUCAGAAUUUGCCUUUAAAGUUAACACAAACAUUUUUAGAGGAGAAAUUAGAGAAAUAAAGAAUGUGUCUUAUCGUCCAAUCUUAUUGCUAUGAUUUGAAAUCAAUUUUAGAUUAAUUGGUUAAAUGACAUGGAAGCUAUUGAAGGAAAACAGCCUUUUUUGAGAACAUCAACAAGUAAUUUAUUGAUGGUCCCUUAUUCAACACCCGACGUUGACAGCGAGGGUGCCGAGUAGAUUUAACCGUGCAGCUGUUGCCAUUCCCGGUAAUAGAGCGAGAAGACGCCAGUAGAUCCUCAGUGAAUGUCUAUCAGGUAUCUAAUCCAAAAAGUAACUUCACCGGGGUGUAAAUUUAACUGUGCUGCUCCUGCAAUUCCUGGUUAUGGAGAGUGAGAAGACACCGGUAGAACACCGGUGCAUGUCUGUCGAAUAUCCAACCUAAAACUAACUUUGCCGUGGUAUUUACAUGAAAAAACAUUUGUUACCUCGGCUGAUUUUUUUUUAUGCACACAUGCCACUAAAUACAUUUUACAAUUUGCACACAUCUAUUUUUAGUCGCAAAUGCAAGUGAGCCCUGACCUGUAAUGUUUUUUUCUUUGUUGACAUAUCUGGUUGUUAUGUGAUCAAUUUUUACAGUUUACGGUUUCAUCUUGUUCACUAUUGCAUAACAAAGAGUUUGUGGACUCAGCAGCGGAAGUGAAAACAUUGUUUUAUGCAAUUGCGGUUUAUCUGGUCUUGAUGCCGUAGUAGCUUACAUAACUCGAUGUCUCCAUGAUGGAGCCAAAUAAAACAACUAUGUGAAAAAAAAAUAGAUUUUAACCAAACCCAAGCAAAGAAUCACGUAUUUAUUGAUUCUUAAAGGUAGGGUUGGUAAUCUCGGCAAACUAGCAUGAAUUUGAAUGUAGCAUCUCCUCGGGACUUCGCCUAGCCCCUCCCCCCUCCCCUUGGAGCUCCUCCAAAACAACGCCGCCGCUCACAUGCACGAGCGCUGCUGUCUGCUGAUUCAAAACCACAGACUCAAAACUGAAUUGGGAAGUCUUCUCUCUGUCGCUUAAAAGCUGUCCCAGUGGUAACUUUAGUUUUCACUUUUGCUUUCUCCAAACUCUGUCUUGUUUCAGCCCUCUCUGCCUCCGUGUUUCUUUUCUUGCUCUUUUUUGCAGGAGGAGCGGUCACCAUUAAUCUUGGUAUAUGUAGUUUCUCUGCCAUUCUCCAGUGUAGCUGUACUCCUCUCAGCACAUUGAAUCAGGGCCAGUGCACGCUGGCGACAUGUACCCACAGCAGACGAGCAUGGGGUUUGAUUUAAAAAUUAAAAAAUGUUGGACCCACACGAUUUCGCUCUUUUUUAAGAACCCAUCAUGUAUUGAUUGCCAUUGGACAUAAAGAUCAUUUUAACCAGAAUAACAAAAAGUGUAUCUAAAUCAGAUUACCAACCCUACCUUUAAUUCAUUAAUUUCUAAUAGAGUGGUGUAUUUGGUGCUAAUUUCAAAUGCUGCCGUCCUCAUGCUUUGUUUGAAAUUUGCUUCCCCUCCUUCUUCAGAAUUAACAGGAGAAAAAAUGGAUUAUUCAAAACCCAGUGUUGGAUUUAGUUCAGUUGCAGCUUAUUUUUAUAAAUUCUGAAAGAGCUUAAUUAUGAGACCAUUUGUAAUCUCCUGAAAUCUCAGAUUUUCAGUGCAAACAUGUUGAAGCAGAGUUGGGGUCACUCUGGUACAACUUCACCUUCUUCCAAAGUGCAUGGAGGAGGAAUAAAAGUUGAAAGAGUCAAAACUUCAUUCAGACCAAAGUCUAGAAACAAAGUAAGAGAUUAGCUGCAUCCCCCUUUUUAAAGAGCCUUUUUUACAACAUGGAUAAUCACAUCAUAGUUCUUGGUAUUACCCAGUCCCCUUACCAUAAUACUUCAGACGGACCUGUAUCUCUUAGAAACUUUGCCUGAGUUUUCAAAAGAGUUAAGAUGGUAGGUCAGUGGACGUGACUGAAUUCUCUUCAUCAUACAGGAACAAAACUGCAGAUAGCUGGUAUCUCCAGCUGGUCUCAGCAAAUCUUCUCCUCACUCAGAAGACUAUCGAAACAUGGAGUUUCCUUUUGCUGCCAUUAGGAUCAUAUGGAGACACAGUUUUUGAGUCAUGUUUUAUAAAGAAAAUAUUGAAACCACAAGUCCCGAAGUGUCUCUGAUGUUUUCAAUGUGAUGAUAAUAGAGUGGCAUAUCAUAAUGAUUCACUGUCCAUCUGGGCUUUGAUAAUAAUCCAGCUGUGUAGCAGACAUAGCAUUGUUUUGUCUUAACACACACACACACACACACACACACACACACACACACACACACACACACACACACACACACACACUUAGUUGGUCAGUGGUAGACAACUGGCAGUACAGUGUUUAUUUUUCUUGCACUGGAAACCACAGGGGCCUUCCUGCUUACCAGGCCUGGACUGUGAAUCACUCACACACUUGCUGUCACACUACUGAACAGUCACAAGUUGUGCUCUGACCAAAACAACCGUGAAAAGCCUACAGCACUUCUUUGUUUUAAAAAGAGGAGGGGGGUUGGCCUAGCGGAGCCCCUCUAGAGAGGUGAAGAGGAAAAGGGGAGCAGUGAGAGAAACAGAGACAAAACAGAAGUUGCGCCAUUUCUGUCACUCUGGUUUUCUUUCCAAGAACUAAACCUGUUCCUCCCUCUGUUUCUCAGCCCUGCAUGCACACACACGCUAGCUGAAAACAGAAAUCUAAUCCAGUAAUUUCCUCCUUAGCCCAAACCCUGGAAGCCUUGUAGCUAUUCUGUGAAUGUGUUUACAUUCACCUUGACUGUAGAAACCUAAUUAUCUACUUUCAUAGACUUUGUUUUCAUCAGGCGACUCUCAACAUUUAAUUCCCUUAAACCAGUUUAGAAAUAAAUGCACCUCAGCUGUUUGGAAAGUGAAAUGGGAUUACUGUAGAUUAAGUUGCUGGAGUUGCUGGACUACUGUGUCAAUAGUCCAUACUGAGUCUAAAUAGUAUGUAACUUUUUAAAUAACGUUUUUGUCUGUUCUAUCCUCUGAUCAGGAACAAGCAUUGAUUUGGUUCAGUUUGUAUCAGUUUCAAGCAUUUUGUAAAAUACUGUCAUCCGUAAAUUUCUGACCUCUUAUCAAGAAAGCAGUAAGUUAAAGAAAGGGGGUCGCCCAAAACCAGUCCAGAUGGCCAGUGUGUGUCAGAGGAGGGAUUUUAUAUACACAGGGCUUCUUGAUUAUGGCAAAAACUGUAAUAUUGGUUAUUUUGACCGAUAUUGACAUCAGGAUUAUUGAAAAUGAAAACCCAUGAAUUGGACUCAUUUAUGCAACUUAUAACCCCUUAAAACGUACAAACUCUCUCUCUUUUCACCUUGACAGUUGUUAGCACUUGUGUUCGCUUACCCUCUUACUUUGUCCUUUGGCUUUUCAGACACCCACAGAAACACACACCUGCCUCCUCCUGUUCCUCUCCCUGCACUCCUCUCUCCACCUGUCGCUGCCUGAUAGCUUGCACCACCAAUGCACAACACAUUGAAGAUUCAGCGAUCCACCGUCAAAUUUUUAUGACUGUGGUGGGCCAACAUCAUAAUCAAAUUCGAAAUCCAAUCAAUCGCCCAGUUCAAAUGCACAUGAUAUCAGACAAGCUACUCAUGAGGCCUGACAUAUGGCCCACCUUUGGGGUUGCUGGCCUCCCUCAGACUAAAUACACAUGUGUUGGUUCACUAGAUAUGCUUGGAAAACCUCUGGGUACAUUUAGAGAUGAGAUCAAAUGCCAGAAACACCUAAAGAUGUCAAGAGGAGGCUUAGAGUUCCCUUACAGAUGUUUGCCGGGGACUCUUGAAGUGAAUCAAGCUUUCUUUCAAAUCUGUUGAAGUUACUUGCACGUGCAGUAUUGUUCUUUCAACCAUAACCCAAAGACGUGGCUCGAAACUUUGAUCAGUAGACCAGUAAAUUAGGAACAUCUCAAGUUCGACCCCUUCUCGACCGAGAAAACACUGACACUGCUAGUUACAGAAUCUACAAUAAGGAACAGACUUUAAAGAAAACUCAACUUUAAAAAAACUAGGAUUUCUCAAUCAAAAUAGUGAAAGUGUACAUUCUGCUUUUAUUCAGUUCUUUAAGAAGCUAGGACAAGUUUCUGAUGCACAGUCAAUAUCUUUUCAAGGAUUCAGGGGAGACAAUGAGUCUGUUUACUUGUUACAGUGCACUUAAUCCCAUUUAACCUUUAGUUUAACUGUUAGGGUUUGAGCUCCUUAAUAGUGAUAUUUAAUCAGUUAUGGUGUGAUAAUGCCAUAAAUACUGUUCAGCAGCAGGUAAAUAGAAGGUUAAGUUUAAUUCAGUAUGGAAGCAGUUGGCCUUGUGUAAUUUUAGACACAUGGUGGUCAGUGCUCAGAUUGGGCUGGAUAACAAACGUGUGUCUUCUCCUCAGUGUUCCUGGAGAGCUGAUUUUCCUCCCCUACUAGAUCUGGAGCACCUGGGCCCACUGCUCCAAAUCCAGCUCUUUGAAACGUCUCCCUUUCUUUCUUUUUUUCCACCUGGACAGCGUCUGCACAAAUUUGUUUCAGUUUAGAUUCUGUCUAAGUGCACUUCUUCACUUUGUUCACACACCCACAUGCACACGUUUAAUGCUACAGACUUCAGACACAUUAUUAUUGUCUAGGGGGGGGAAUCACUAGUGGCCCCACGAGAUGAUAUUAUCACGAUACUUGGGCCACGAUACAACAUUAUUACAUUUUUUAACAUUUUGCAAUAUAGUGAGUAUUGCGAUGCAAGUUAUUGUGAUUUAUACAAAUUUUUCAACUGUUUCGCUAAUUUAGCAUUUGACUUUCCCUAAAGUUUGUCUUAGUUAUGCACUAUUUUAUUUUCAUGUAGCACAUCUUGCAAACCUCAUGUGUCAGGUCCAUCUCAUUUGUGUCCCGCUUGCCUUCCUAAUGUCUUUUCCCAGGUGCUGUUGUAUUUGUUGCACGAACUUUCUCCUGCUCUUCGAUGUAUCCUCUGUCAACCUCACUGGACAAACAGCAGAUUUUAUUUUUCCAUUAUCAUAGAUUUGACUUCAAUUUGAAAAAUCGAUACUUGAUCAAUGAGAUGAUACGAUAUACCACCAGACGAAAUAUCGCGCUUCUUUGCUGUAUCGAUUUUUUCCCCCACCCUUAUUAUUGUCACCCUUCAAACGAUUUAACUUAAUUUUGUGAUAAAUAAUUAAUUUACUUUGACAUCUCAUGCUGCCUCUCGUCCUCUGUUAUAACCUGGGCGCUGGUGCUCUGAGAGUAACAGAGACUCGACGUGCUCACUGUGUGAUGACAAACACUAAGCCACACAUUCCUUUCCCCACUGUGCCGGCUCCCUUAUUAACUCAUACCCAGAUUUGGCUCUACUGCUACUUCUGUUGCUGCCAGAAUAUCAUCAAGAGGGCACUGCCCCAACUCUGUUUUUGUACUGUUCUACAUAAUGUUUUAAUCCAUAGCAGCAUAUUUGGCUCUGUCAAAGGAAAACCUGCAUCCUUAAUUUUUACAGGUGCAGAUUUCUUAAACCUUCAUGAGCGUGCAUCCUCUAGGAAAUAUUCUUCGGAUCAGUGUAUGGCACAUAUUCAACGUAUUUGGAUCUUAUCCAAAGUCCUAGCCUGCAUGUGUGCUGAACAUGCUCAGAGCACGUAUCUGGCUCUUGGAUCAAAAGCAUUCCUGCAGGAACCAAACAGCAAAAGAUUUGUCCAGCAGGUUUCCUCUGAGUGUCUCAAAGUCGCACAGUAAACACUGCAGUCUGUCCAACAAUAGCUCUGAGAUUUAUGCCUCCACAAUGGUCCUCGGUCUCUGUGUUGUUGUUGUUGAUGUGUCUGUGGACAGGAAUGUAAGGUCCACAAAUGGAUGCUGGUGUUUUUUUUCCUUCCCCAUGUGUCUGUCUUCAAUGGGAGGUCUGGGAGGUGUUUGCAUGCCUCCACACAGCUGGCUUAUAUCAACUGCUGAAACAAAACCCAAAGCAACAUCUAGGUCAAGCGUGCCUGUGGAUAUGUGAACAUGUGUUAGUCCUCGGUUUCGUGAGAGAACCACAAUGAGUGGGCUUCGGUAGUAGUCAUUGUUUUGAGUGAAAUGACUGUCAGAGCCGCAGCCAAGAGAAAAAGAGAUUCUUGUUGCUGGAUGUCAGAUGGUCUUAUAAUGGUUCUUUUAAAAAUGGAAGACUAUAUAUAUUCAGAGGAUUUCAACCAAUUUCACAAACAAAAGUGUAUCUGCUCUGAAGUCAUCUUCUGUUUAUUUACACUGUACAGUAUAUCCUCAAAUACAGUCUUAUACCUUUUACGCGAAACUGACACAUUGGUAAGUGAGUCAUUUUAAACUCAUGCUGUCAAAGCAAAUGUUAAAAUCUACUCUUUGGAAAACGAAACUCUGAAAAUUAUGCAACCAAGGAAAAUAUGGAGUGAUGAGUCAGCAUCAUCCCGUCUGAAGUGAAGUCACAAACUUUGUUUGCGAGUUCACAUGUUGCAAAUCAGAGAGAAACAUAUUUAUUUAUUUAGACUCAUGUUGAUGAUCAUGGAUCUUUGCUUGUUUUAUGUAUUGACUCUUGAGGGAAUGAUCAGUUUCUGAACUGAAAAAAGCUCCACUUUGUAAACCAGCUACACUCAACUUUUAUUGCUUCAUUGUUAAGUGUUAAGCGGGUAAUGCUAUGAUCACAAAUUGCCUAAUAAGAAAAGUCAAAGUGUUUAAAACCCAUGAAAUUGAUCAGCAUUGGGAUGAAAUUUACUCAAUUUGCUGUUGGAUUUCCACCGAAAGCCUCUUUCCGCUGUCUUUCAAUCAUAUCAUGUGAUCUAAACCAGCAAAAAGAGACUCCCCAGUUGCUUAAAUUUGGCUUGAACUGUCUAUUUUAUUGUUGGUUCAAAGAAACAAUGAAAGAAAAUGGGGCUAAAUUCAGAGAUGUUUGUGAUCAAAACUCACUGAAGCAGCUUUUAAGAAAAUUCUGACAUUCACCAAAGAUUUCCUAUGAGAUUUUUUCUUUGUUCAAAACAAAAUGAAAAAAAAAAAAAAAUCAUUUGCUUGCUCUUAAGAACAUUUAAGUGCCAAUAUGCUGAUCAAAGUGAUUGGAUAUUAUGUUUUUAUUUAUUUAUUAUUUUUUGUAUUAGAAAAAGUUUGAAAUCUUGUCAACCAUAACUGUGAUAAUAUCUGAAAGUUACAAUAAAUUAGAUUCUGAAAUAAGAAUUCUGGUAAAAAGAAUAAAAAUGUAAAGAAUCAGGUUCAUAAGCUAGGCGUGCAGUCUUAACAUUAAUUAUUUAACUGAUAUUCACAAGCUUAAAGCUCCAAUAAAGACUUUUUGUUUGUGUCGAUUAUUGCGCCCCCUGUGGACAAACCAGUCUCUGCUCAACUUGUCCUCUACAUGCUGAGGUAAAGUCUUCUGACCAAAAGUCUCCUCACUCUGACUUUUUACUGUGAAAUUUAUAAUUUAUUUGGUAUAUUUUAUGCAGAUUAUGUAAAAAUUGGGCUGCUUCUUUAGCUGGUGACCAACACAUACCCCCUUACUCCCAGUUCAGGCAAAAAGAGUUUCAGUCUAUUUAAUAAAUGUCAAAAUGUUCCUUAUAUGAGCUUUAAAUAAGGUAAUAAUAUAGGCAGCGACCUAAACAACAUCAGUAACCUGCCGUUGUGCUCGAUGUGUUACAGCGGCAGCGCGCCCUUCCUAAGAACACCUUCAGCAGCUUCAUGAAUCUGACUCCGACUUCUCCUGGUAACCCAAAUUUAAGAAAAAUAUGAAGAUUGUAAAGGUGGCCUUUUUCUAACAACAUCACAGCUAAAGUCAAUCACAGCAAAUAAAAUACUGGAACAACCACAGCUGAUCACAGUCAGUGUACCCUGAAUUGAUGAAGUUUACCACCUUAGACAAAAGUACACUGGAUUUAUUGAUACACCGGUCCUCAAUAGUGACCUUGUGUUAAGCUGUGUUGAAGAAAUUGUGCUUCAUUUAAGAACAAUAACUACAUGACUCAUAACAGUCAUUUAUGUUGUGUUUGCUUUUCCAGACACAAAGUAACAAGAAUAACUCAUAGGAUUUGUCGUUGUUUGACUGUUGUAGGUCAGAGUCUAUUUUCUGUUUAUUCCUUGUGUGUGAAUAAACUGUCUGUGUGGCUUGGACCCAUAACGGUCAGAUCUUGACAGAUCUUGAAUGCAAAAAAAAAUCAAACCUCCUUCUUUUGUGUUUGUUUGUUUGUGUUGCUUAAAUCUUCUUAUUUUUGCAGACAGGUCAGCAGAGACUUUGACGGAGAGGGCGCUACAUCAUAUGUCAACAUGCCCACAAGUCCCAUCGGUCCGUCCUGCAAGGAGGAGAGGAAGGGCAGCUUCUUCAAGGUACAUAACACACAAACAAGAACACAGAUUCACAAACAGAUCUGUAAAGAUAGUAGGUUUCAGCCAGUCUAGUUCAUCCUGAUUGUUGCUGUUGAGAUACCAGGUUGGAGAUGUGGGUGUGGGGCAGCAAGUCUCAAAGUUACAGGCUAAUACCUGGAGAAGAUUAAAGAGGAGGAGAAGAGAGGAGGAGCUGAGUGUAGCUCUGUAGUUUUAAGCCGUUUCAUCUCUGCUUGGAGAGCCAGAGCUCAGUUUCACCAGAAUGGACUUUUUAACAGAUAUAUUUUAAGGAAGAUGUGGACUCUCUUUGUUCACUCAGGAAAUUCUGAUCAUAUUUUACGAGAUAAUGUCAGGGGUGCAUGAGAAGACAAAUCUGCAAUGCUUCUCUGUAUUUCAAAAACAGAAACACUUGGACUGACAGGAACUCUUGGUGACUGCGGAGAUUAUGUCAGGUGUAUUAAGGCCGGUUUUAUUCUGACUGAUUUAUCAGUAAAUUCUUCAUGAUUUGUAUGAAAUAUUCAAAUCAAGUGAAAACCUGUUAUUACAUACUGUUUCUGUAUGUACUGUAUGGGGCAUACAACUGCAGGAUCUAAAGGUUUUACAUUACUUUGUCAUUUCCUGUUCCUCAGAGCAAAAAUGUAGUUUGUAGUAAGGCUGCAUGAUGAGGGAUUGGGCUGGGAUGGAUUUGGGUAUUCUUUUCCUGAACCUGAAAUCACAUUUUAAACAAACUACAUUUUUUACUUUACAAUAACAGAGUGGCAUUUCAACCUAACAAAACAUAUGAAAUGGAAAAAACAAAUAAAACCAUUUUCAAAUAGUUAGUGAGGAUCUCCGCCUCAUCCUGAAAUCACAUUUAACACAUAUUACAGUUCAACCUUACAAAAACAGAGUGGCAUUUCCACCACAUAAAACACAUAAAAUGAAAACGAACAAUAAUAAUAAUAAUAAAAAAUUUUUCAACUAUUUGGUAAGGACCACAACAACACCACAUAAAACUAAUAAGGACCACAACAACACCACAUAAAACUAAUAAAAUGCAAAACAAAUAAAAACUUUUCCAACUAUUUGAUGAGGAUCUUUUCCUGAACCUGAAAUCACAUUUUAAACAAACUACAUUUUUAACUUUAAAGAACAUAGUGGCAUUUCAACCAAACAAAACACAUGAAAUGCAAAAAACAAAUAAAACCGUUUUCAAAUAGUUAGUGAGGAUCUCUGCCUCAUCCUGAAAUCACAUAUAACACACAUAACAGUUUAGCCUUACAAAAACAGAGUGGCAUUUCCACCACAUAAAACACAUAAAAUGAAAACGAACAAUAAUAAUAAUAAUAAAAACUUUUUCAACUAUUUGCUAAGGACCACAACAACACCACAUAAAACUAAUAAAAUGCAAAACAAAUAAAAACUUUUCCAACUAUUUGAUGACGAUCUUUUCCUGAACCCGAAAUUUCUAUUUUACACAAACUACAUUUUUAACUUUAAAGAACAUAGUGGCAUUUCAACCUAACAAAACACAUGAAAUGGAAAAAACAAAUAAAACCAUUUUCAAAUAGUUAGUGAGGAUCUCUGCCUCAUCCUGAAAUCACAUUUUACACAAAUGACUGUUUCACCUUUCAAUGUCACCACAUUUUGGUGCCACACAAUGUGGCAUUUUCACCACAUAAAUUGCAAAAAACAAAUAAAAGCUUUUUUAAACAUUUGGUGAGGAUCUCUUCCUGAUCCCAAAAACACGUCUCAAGGCCCUGGUGAAGAAACUCUUCACUCGUUUUAGUGGGCCCUUUCUGCGUACUUCAGAGGCUUGAGUCUCAGUUGGAGGCCUUAGUUGUUCGUUGGCCUCCUCCAUGUUUUCCUCAACUGAAAUAAUGUCUGAGAGGACUGGUUCUUCAGGAGUUCCCUCUGUGUUGGGUUCGUCGUCCUCCGCAUCAUCAAUACUGAGGACAUCAUCUGAACUCUCAGGUGUCACCAGACUCAUCUUAUUAAACGCAUCCUCCAAACUAAAGUGAAACAUGAAAAUUAGUUUUCAAAUCAUUUGACAUCCAGGCAAAGAUCUCUGCGACCAGAAGACUGUCACUUACUACAUGCUUGAGUUCGCCUCCUCCAAAUUGUCAAUACUGAGGACCUCAUCUGAACUCUCAGAUGCCACCAGACUCAUCUUUUUAAACGCGUCCUCCACACUAAAGUGAAACAUGAAAAUUAGUUUUCAAAUCAUUUGACAUCCAGGCAAAGAUCUCUGCGACAAGAAGACUGUCACUUACUACAUGCUUGAGUUCGCCUCCUCCCCCAGAUGGAUCAUCGUAAUAAAUGGGUGGUUUAGGGCUUCUUCUGGAGUCAGUCUCUUAUCAGGGUCAGUGCAGAGGAGACCGGUCAGGAGGCUUACAUAUGCUCUCCCAUCCUCUACCUCGAUGAGCUCCUUUACAUCUUGGAGGAGCUACAAUAGAAACAAAUGACAGAGAUUUGACUUUAUUAGCUCAUUGUCUCUGAAAUGAAUCAGUAUUUAUUCUCUCUACUCAUUCAAAUGUCUCACUUACUGUAACUAUAUCAUCAAGUUUGCGUAUAGGCGUCUCACUCUUUUUAAACCCAAGUGACCCUGUAUAUUCCAUUGGAGUCUACAGGAAUAAAACACAGAGUGCACGUCAGAUACUCAGUCCUGAAAUCAGUUUGUAGAAGAAAAAUCUGCCUAGGUUACAUCUUAGGAACAGAGUAAAAAUACCUUCAGCCACCACUUCUUAGGCAAGUGCCAAUUUGCCUUAAAAAAUGUGUUGGUGUAAAUCCCGGCAUCGAGCACAUGCUCAUCAGGCUGUCCAAUAAUAUCCACUAUGUUCAUCAUCUAGGACCAAACACAAAGAAGCACUCUACAUCAGGUCUCUGGUUGAGUUUGGACUUUUUGAGUGAUCAAAUAACAAUGAAAGGAGUUACUUACCUUCCUGUACUCACAACCUGACCCAAAAAGAUGGCGGGCAAGAAACAGCUCUGCCAGUACACACCCAAGACUCCACAUAUCAAUGGCCUCUGUCAAAGGGAGGCCGAGGAUCACUUCCGGGGCUCUGUUUGGAAAUGACAGGUUAGUUCACAUACGUGUGAGAUAAUAACCUCUAUCUGAUCAGCUGAAACAUCAGUGAGAGGAUGAGCUCUGAAGGUUGACUUACCUGUAGCCAAGAGCCUGUACAGUCAGUCCAGUACCAACUUCACUCUUAUGUCGCGCAAAGCCAAAAUCAAUCAGCUUCACCCUGAAAGGCUGGUUCUCCUGGUCGAUUAGCAUGACGUUAUCAAGCUUUAAGUCAGUGUGGAUAACACUAAUGCCUUUCAGGGCGACAAAAGCUAUGAGCAGCUGCAGAAAGAAAGAAUAAAAAAAUGAAGAGGAUUACAGCAAACAAGUGUGCAGGAGUUUACAGAUCAGAGCAGAUGUGCUGUAUGUUUUUUCCUCUAUUUGUAUAUAGUUCAAUUCUGUAUUACUUCCAAUUAUUUAUUGAUAUGCUGGCUGCUAGGUCUUUACCUGCUGUGCGAUGGGUCGGAUCUCGUUGAGCGACAGAGGUUUGUACUGUCGGUCUCUCAAAAGCUGAUGCAGGUUUUUGUCCAGCAUUUCGAAAGCCAAACAGGUAUGACCUUCGUGCUCAAACGACUCAUAAAAAGUCACGAUAUUUGAAGCGACUGGGUCAAGUGUGAGGAUCGCCUCCAGCAUCUUGAGCUGUUAAAAAGAAAAGUUAAAUCAGUACAGCUGCACAAAAAAUGCCAAAAUUCAAAGGCAUGAUUAUCGAAUAGAUUUAAAGGAUCUCUACCUCUCUAUCUGAUGAUCUCCAGUCCUCCCUGCUCACAAUCUUUACAGCAACUUUCUCCAUUGUGGUCAAGUUCACACAUCUUGCAACUUCUCCAAGACAUCCUCUGCCAAUAAAAUCUCGCACAAGGUAAUGGCCAGUGCUACUGUAGAUGGUUUCAGAUGGUCGCACUAACAUUUCCGAUCUUGAACUCAUUUCAAAAAAUCCUCCAAACAAUUCUCAAUGUUGAAAGGGUUAUCAAAACAAGCACCAAGCAGUACAAAACUCUCCAAACAAUUUUCUGCUCUCUCCAAAGGUUCGCCAAUAUCUCAACUCAAAUAUCUCGAAGGGGGGUCUUCAACUAACGCCGUCAGUGAAUAGUGUUCGAGUGAAAGUCUCAUGGAUCGUGGACCUAGUUAUAGGCUAAAUGAAGGAUUUUAAAUAUCAACACUCUAAACUCAUUUUUAAAUCAACACCGAACCAAACAGUUUCAUCCUACAGCCGUUUCCAUGACGAUAAACCAAACACUCUCCACUACUUCCAAUAGAAUGAUGCAGUAUAAAACUUUGGAUAUUAUUUUUUAAUUAUAAAUAAUAUACCUCCAUAAACCUACAACAUCUUAGCCUGGCUGGGCCAUCCUGUUGCGUGAGUCACUUGCCGCAACAGGAUGGCCCAGCCAGGCUAGCAACAUCUACCUUUAAAUAACUGUAACAAAUUCACGUGAUCGCUCUUUGUGAUCUCCACUAGACUGAAAUACUGAUAAUACACCAAAAAAAAAACCACAGACUGUGUAGUAUUUUUGAAAUCCUGCACGUGCUGCAAACAUGAAGAUGUGUGAGAAGCAGCCAGCAAGAAACUUAAAUUUUGUAGGCUGGUGAAAUUACAGAAUUACACAAAAAAACAUUACACAAUUACAGAAAAAUAAAACAAUUCAUUAAACAGGAAGUAGUAUUUUGAAGGCUUGAAAAUACUUGUAGAGUCACCAAAUGUAGUACAUGUGGAAAUUGUGGAGCAAUGACAUAUUUUCUAGUCUUGCUUUUAACUAAAUUGAGUCGGGACAAAACACUCCCUAAAAAACUUUUUUGAGAAUGCACAAUUUAUUGAUUAGAGUUAUUUAUUACUGUAGAGAACGGUCUUAGCUAUUUAACCCCGUAAAGGAACAGGCUCUAAAUAUUUUUUUUUUUUCUAUAAAUUCACGUUUCCCUUAGAUAGUGGAUUUGUGUCAACUCCAUCAGACACACUAAAAAGAAUAUAAUUUUCAUAAUUCUAGUUCAACAAGAAUCUAAAGUUCUGAUGUAUGUUGUAAUAGUGUUUAGUUACUCUGAUAUGCCAUGAAAUAUAAUAUAUAAACCUAAUAUGUGAUUUCACACUAUUUUGAAAACCAAGAUUUCUUAAUAGUUGCAUUUUCAAACUUUGUUUUUAAUUUUUAUAUUAUAAAAACAAUUUCCGUAAGUAAAUAAGAGACAAGAGGAUGUAGAGCCAAUGCUUCUUUAUUACUUAAUCAAUAUAAACUGAAGAAACAAUUUGUUUUUUCUUCAAAAAUUAAGAAAAACAUACAUCUGACGGUGUUGACGAACAUCUGACGGUGUUGACGAGAAACUGACGGAGUUGAUGACAUUGCAUAUGUUAUUGAACAAAUGUGUUUUUAAACCGAUUGACGAUAGAUCAAUAGGUGACAAUAGAUUGAGAACUAAUAACUAGGCCUGGGCUGACUGUCAGUGCAGCAGAUCUGAUCAGAGACUCUGAUCAGACUCUAUACUGUUGAAGUCUCUGUUACUGUUUUUCCCCAGCCUGCUUUGAUUAGAGGCUUUCCUAAAACACAUGUGCAACCACACCUCACAGCAGAGACAGGGGAAAAAUCAGCUGUAUAUCACUUUUUAUGGAAGUAUAAAUCAGGCACUCUAAGAAUAUGCAGUCCUGCCAAAAACAGUGGGAUAACAUAGGAUCAGCUAGAGCUUUUUGGGCUGAGCCAGACUUCCCUUUCUGAUCAGAGACCAGGUCAUCUUCCAUGCAUUUCAAAAUGCCUUUUCUAAUGAAUGCUUCUUUGAAUGAAUGAUUUUGACCUUAUCACACAGGCAGUGACACCUCCCACACAUCUGCUCUUGACUGUAAUUUAGGUUUCAGAGGAGGCCAGAUGGAAGGUGGAGGAGAAAAGAGAGCUAAAAAUAGAAGACUGGAGGUCAGGGAGAAACCUCACAGUACAGAAAUUUAGGAGACAGUGCUCUGAUGGAGGUAUAAGUAAGGACUGUUCUGUUGAGUCUUGUAUCUAAUUAUGGGCUGCUGCAUAUGGUAUAGACUGUGGAGAGUAUUUAUAUGCUUACUGAGCAAAAUCAUAAGAAAAAUUCAACUUUAGAGUUACUUAUAAAAAGAACAGUCACAUAGAGGGCAGCUAGUCCCACAGCCUAUCUGUAUAGUUUGAAAUGUAUAUAUCCUUUUAUUGUGUGACAAAUAACACAUGAAUGAUGACAAUGAUCACUGUUCUCAUCACACCUUUAAAAAAGAUGUUUACAAAGUGCUUUCACUAGCCCUGUUUAUAUGGGUAGUUUUCCUCAAUCUGAUUGAAAUCAAUCAGAUUAAGUGAAUGCACAGAAGGUCACUCUGCCACUACCUGCAAAUGUGUAAGAGAAGUAAAGGUGCACUUCCUGCUUCCUGUUUACCUGUAGAAGGAUCCGCGUCGUGUUUUGUUGGGGACGCUUAUUGUUUUGUGGUUACAUUUAUUUGCGGUACAAGUUUGUCUCCUCCACUGUCCAGUUUUUCUGUUUGUUCCCCGUUUGUUUUCAUUUGGGCGCGCUCUGCGUACGUCACUACGUGCCUCUUACGUACUACGGAGCGCCUGCGCAGACCGAACAAGCCUCUCUGUCAACCCAAUCCGCUCCACUCAGCGGUAUAUAUGGAGCAUGGAGCGGAUGAUCAAUCGGCAUAGACUACCUCUUACAAUCCAACAACACAAGACUUUAAAAAGGUUGUAAGAAGAUGGUAUUACAAGAAUACUAAGGAGUCAUUGAGCAAUCCCUCUGCUCAUUUGUCUCUGUAUUAUAGCUUCCUAUAUCCUUAUACGAACUAUUGUAAUAUUGUACGCUGUGCAACGUAUCCAAUUUACCUCAAGAAAAUAUUAUCAAUCCAGAAAAGACUUUUAAGAAUGACAUCACGAUCCAGCAGACACGAAUCUUCUGCACCUCUCUUUUCUAAAUACUCCAUCUUACCGAUCGACAAACUCAAUGUCUUUCACUCUUGUUUAUUUGUCCGUAAGUUCAUCAAUAAGAAACAAAACUUUCCGAAACUUUUUACCUUUUUAUCCAACCUUCACCCGUACUCAACAAGACAAAAUGGCCAUCUUCAUAACCUGUCCAUGUCCUAGUUCAUUUGUCGUUUGCACACUAUGCCUUCACUGCCCUGACGGGAGUGGAACACUAUUGGCUUCGUUCCCUCCUUGCACUGUUUUUAAUCUGUGCUAAAUAAAUAAAUACAAAUACAAAUACAAAUUCAUUACGCUAAAGACAAAAACACCCUCUAGAUAUGGAGAUGGAGUUUUGAGAGUGAGUGUUCAGCCUCUGUCCUCAUGUUUAUUCUGCCCUCCCUGGCAUCAGACCAGUCCCUGUGCCGUCAAGCACACAUACUUUCCUCAUGAAACCUGGAGGAGGAUUAUUUUGUCAGUUAAUGGUGGUUUCAUUCACAACUGUGUGUUUUCAGCAGCAGAGCCAGUGUGUGCCCUUUUUGUGCUGGGGACAGGAUCGCUGCCAAAUAUGACCUCAGGUUUCCAGCUCAGAUUCAGUGAAUAUAAGAAACAGCUCUGAAGUUAUAAUAGCGACAACAACAACUUUGAGUAAAUGUUUGUCCUCAAAGUUGAUUCAUUACAGAUUUUUCAGUCUCAUUUUAAAUAAGAUUACUUAUUGCUGGACAUCAAUUAACCAAGCUGAAAAAUGAAAUGAGAUAUUCAUGAUAUUGCUGUAUUUUUUCUUAGAAUAUGUUGAUAUUCUUCACAUAUAUGCAUGGAUGUUUAUUACAAGAAAACUGUGCUCUCCUAACUGAUUUGUUAGUUUGUCCAUUUGGUUCAGAUAAAUAUAGUGAUCAAUUACAGAAAUGUGUAUUUAUUUAUGCUCUGCAUUUUAGCAGUGCAACAACAUGCUUGCAUUGGCGAUAUUAAAGUUAUGGUAAAUAACAGUUUUCUCUUUAAACAGACUUGGAUGAAGUCAUCCUGAAUAACUGAGGUUGUGAACCUUUAAUGAAUUAAGUCACAGCUUGAUUUCCUCUUUAAAGAGCUGAGCUAAUUGUUUCCUCGCUCCGCUCAGUCAAGCAGCUGGUCUGAUGUUGCCCAACAGAUCCAUUGCCUAACUAGACUGAUAAGUGGGAAAUGAAACAAAGACACCAGAAUGAAUCAAGGUCAAGCUUCAGGGGAGGGAUGAAAGAAAAGCAGUUUUUACUCUUUAAGUCAAGCGUAGCCGAGUCUUUGGACUGAAACAUCUGGUUUGUUUUGUCUCAACUUGUAUCUUCUCCGAUUUUGGGUUUCCUGCACAAAGUGAAGGAGCUUUAGGUGUGCAAGUCUUUGCUGUACUUGCACCCUCUUAUGGCAUUAAUUCCCAAAAUAUUUUCAAUACAUUCAGAAUUUUUCUGCUUCUGUAAAAAAUACAUCAUUUUAUGGUGCAUGAAGAUCAGCGACUGAUAUUCUUUUGGUCGUUUGUUGCCAUAAAAGUUGUAGGCUUGAGAUGUUAAGCUACAGUAGAUGCAUCUUCUUGCGUGAGCUGAAACUUAAAUCAGCUUUGGAUCAGCUGAAAGAGAGCGAUUAUUAAACUGCGAGGCUUGUACAAUUUUGACAAAAUUACUCUGUAUUACUAAUUUGCCCUUUGAAAUCUCUUGUGUGCAAAAGCAGCUUGAGUUCAGAGCCAGACUGCAGCUCACAAUGAUUCCUAUUAUAUAAGAGGUGAGGGAUCAGAGAAUAUCAAUACAGCAGAGGAUUAAUGUUGGCUUAAAAGGGUUAUUAUAGCCUAUUUCAAAACAACAUCCAAACAAGGAGAUGAAAACAAGAUUUGAUCUCAGUGAAAUGAAUGAAUGAACUUUAAUUGUCCACGGUAUGAAAUUUGUCUUCAAAAUUCACAGUAGAAUUACACAGUGACCCCACUCAGAAACAAAACAAUACAUUUAAGAGUGCCUGGAGUCCCCUUAGUAACACAUAAUCCACAAAUACAGAAGACAGAAGAUCUAAUUGGGUUUUAGAAAAAGUUAAAAUUAGGAAACAAGCAGUAUAAAGAAACAGAGUGUGGGCUCAUUGGCAUCUUUACCGUUGACUUAACAGGUAACAGGUGUUGUUUUGUGGGAUCCCCGUUGGGAGUACAACUAUUGUAGCACACACAAUCUCACUCACAAUCAAAAGACGUUUAUUAAAAGACUUUUUCUGUAAAUGACUGUUGGUGCUAACUUAGUGUAAGCAAAACAUUCUUCCAGCAGAGGUGAAAUGGUCAGACACCACAUGCUUUGGCAACAUGUUUGAGUAUUACAUUUGGUUUUGGUUGCAAACCCACUGUUUGGCAAAAACAAACACCAGAAGUUUCAGUUCCAGAUAAAAUUCACAAUCAGACUUAUUUUUUGUUUUAAAACCCUCUGCAAGGACUUCAUUUUGUCGAUGUUGCAUUUAUGUUAAAAAUAUCCAGAAUGAACUUUCUGUUUCCUCCAGCAGUUACAAAGUAACACUCACUCCUGAAGGUUCACGCACAGGCAGACUUCUAAGAACCGUUUCCUCCCUGUGUUCCUCUGUACUGAGUCUGUUUGGUCAAAGGGAAGUGGUCAGGCCAGGCACACACAUGCAGAACGCUUCAAUACAAACUUCAUAAACUGGAGACAAACUUCAUGGAUUAACCAUUUUGGUUUGUUUGAUUCAGCUGCUAUUUUUCCUUUGUGUUAACACAGUGUUGCUUUAUGUUUUUGUAGCUGAUUGACUCAUUUGCCUGGGAAAUUGGCACCUUGAAGAAGGAAAUGGGGAAAAAGACUCGGAAGGCAGAAGGAGACAAGACUGAUCCUCUCCUCGGGUGAGUUCAAAUGUGUCCGCCUCGUGAACUUACCAGCAACCAUUGGAUUUAAGGCAGUGCUAUUUACAGUGAUCACCAGCAGAUGUCACUCUUACUUGGCCUUUAAUGUUGUUUGAUGUGUGACCAGAUGCCAGCACAUCCGUUUGACAGCAUGUAUUAAGGUGUGAGCUGGCGUGAGAAUCUGAUGAGCAGGAACUUGAAUAACAUGUGCGCUUACAUUUUUCAAUGUUCAUCUUAAGUGGACCAAAACAAAAGCAUGAUGAUAAACAAGAAUCACAGUGUGUACGUGCACACACACACCUCACUGAGCAUUUGUGGUGAUUAAUUCCUUCUUAGUUUCUGCCGUGUUCAGAAAGUACCUGUUUAUUUUUGAGGAAGUGUGAGUGAUCCAGAUCAAUGUCAUGAAACACGCUGACUCCAGUGUGUUUGAAUUUAAAAUAAACUUUGUUAACUGGCAAUUGAGUUAGUCAUGAGUGUUUCUCUGAAUUAUUAGCACAGAAAAAAAAACACCAUUACAUCAUAAAUCUGUGUGCAUGCAAGUGCAAUAUGUGUACAUAUUCUCAACCCAGUAUGUUAGUCAACUGUUUAACUGUUCUUAUAAUUCAGAGGGACAGUUAUUUGGCCUUCAAUUUAACGGCUUUGUGUUAAACUUUAAAAAGUUACAUGUAGUUUAAUUGUUCUCGGUCUAAAAACAGACACAUGGGAGGAUAAUUAUUAUGUAUGUAUUUAUUUUAUCAGGGACUCUCUUAAGCUCUAUACCCAGCUGUUGUUAAGUUUGAUAUGUUGUGUUUAAGUUUCGGCCAAUCACAUUAAGUUGCUUAUCACAUGGUAAUGAUGUAAAGCACAAUAUAUGGGGUCUUGUUUUAAGAUGACGGGGUUCUAAUUAGGAUAACCUCUGACUUCACUCAGCUUAACAACCAGCUACGUACUAAAGCUGUCAACAAGUUGACCCAAAACAUUGAUUUUGAGAUGUUUUUAUUGAUUUUCAAAUGAUUUGUACAUAAAGCCUAAAAGAAGUUGCUUUUAAUCCUCUGUCAGUAAGACUUCCAUGGUAACAGAUUCUUAUAAGCUGAUUCCAGAGAAACAUAAACACCAGUCCAUCCAUCUUAAACUUUUACUGGCUAAGAUAAACAUGUAUAUAGAUUAUAAUGUGCAUGAAAUAGUGAAUCUGAACAUGUCUUAUCUUAAACGCAUAUUUCACUUUUGUUAUUCCUCUUGAACAAUUGCAGAUGGCUAGGCAGAAAUCCAAAAAUCCAAAAUAGUUUUAGUAGGGAUUCAUUAAAGCUCCUUGGAAGAGUUUUUUGACAUGUAUAGAACAGACUGAAAUUCAGUUUGAUGCUUUUUUAUAAUAUCUUAAAGAAAACAAGAUCAAAAUUGACAAGAUUGAAGAGUUUGGCUUACAGAUCUAUAAUAAUAAUGAUAGUAUUAAACCUCUGUGUUUGCGUCAUUCUCAAUUGUCAACAGUGAAUGUUUACACAGAGUCAAUGAUAAGACGUCAUAUACAGCAUUAUAUUUGCUGUUAGGAAUUUAUGAUUGUUGUUCAGGAUCAAAUAUUUAAACAUGAACAGGUAAUCUAUGAAGUUCGGCAGCCAUAAAGAAGCUGUUUAGCAUGGUGAACUUCUCAGUGAAGCUGUCGUCAGUCUGUGGUGUAAAGUCUCUCUGUUACUGUUUAUCUACAGUCUGACAUAAUUACAGGCCUCCCCUAAACACACAUGUGGUCCUUAAGUGUGACCACACCUCACAGCUAAGAGAGAAAGAAAUCAGGGACACAUAUCUGACUAAAACACAAACCGCCUUCAACCACAGAACCUUCAUGUCAUCUAAUCACAGCAUUCAGAGUCAUUAGGAAACAUCAGAUCCCUGUAAUGAACUCUCUCAUGUUUGUUUGAUCCUGUUUUCAGGCUCAGUGAAGAGGUGGGCGGGCUGUUCCUGCCGGCUUCCCCCCGCGCAGGGAUUGGUGCGGGACAGGCUGGAGCGAGAGACUCAGGCUACGACUCCCUCCAUCGGCGGCUCAGUGUGCUGGACAGACUGGUGCACACACACUCUGUGUGGCUGCAGCUGGGCCUCAGCCACCAGGAUGCCACGCGUUUACUGCAGAACCAACCCACAGGGGUGAGGAAGCCAAAGCCAGUGCUGAUUUUAAGCUUUAGAUUCAAUGUUGAAGGCUUAUUGUCUGAUUUUUUUCCACCUCCUGAGUAUUAUGUGAUUUGAUAACCCUCAGACUUUACCGUCACAAGUUUAUGUUGCCUCUAACUUUGGGGGUUUCACCCUCACAGACAAAACACAGUGUAGUUUUGCAGGUCCUUACUGCUGGUUUUAUUAUAUAUUCCACUCAGGUUGAAGAAAAUGAAGUCAGGUUAAGUCCAGACAGGAUGGUACUGGUCUUCAGUAAACACUGACUGGAUGUUUCCCUCUUUGAAUCGCAGACAUUUGUGGUGAGGAAGUCGAGCAGUCUGCAGAGGAAAGUAUUAUCUCUUCGCAUGGACAAAGACUCUGAAGUCCCCAUCAAAGACUUCCUUGUGAAGGAGAGUCAGUACAGUGAGUGUCUGGAAACCAUCACAUUCUUCAUUUGUAUUUUAUGUGUUUAUUUCCUUGUAUUGCUUUAAGCUGCUAAUCAGGUUUGAAGGUUCUUCUUCAGCAAUGCAAAUGGUAAGGGAGUUAGAGUUAGUAGUCAGAUUAUAGCGGGAAAUAUGCACAUAUUUUCGGUUGAAGUAUGUCCGUGUCCACCCCUCAGGGGAUGCUGUGAGUUUUGGCAACGAUAAAAAUUGGCCGAGCUCCACCGGUGGAAUUACAGAGCCACUUUAAAUAUGCAGCCUUGAAUUUUUCUUAUGGGAAGGUUCAUGUUGUAGUCACGUGAGUGUGCGCACAAACGUGCAAUCAUCCUCCAGGCCAAAAUCUCACUGACCUACAUACAUUAUAAAUGUAGAAAACACACGUGAGCAUGAUGUUGAUGAUUUUAAAACGCAGACAACUGCUUUGUGAAGGAGAUGACAAAUAACUCUGACAGUGCGAGGGAACAAAGGGAUUUUCCCUCUAUGUUUUUAUUUACCUCUUGAAGCUUUGCCUCUUUUUUGCUUCAGAUUUAGUUUUAGUGAACAGAUUUUUUCCUUUUUAAAUCAUUACUCUUAUGAUUGUAUUCCAGGUUUGUCGUUGUAUGCAAGUUGUAUUUUAAACCCAGCUGAAAAAUACUUCAAAAUUAGGACACUGCCAUGCUGUCAAGUGUAAUUGCUAACAAAACCUCCACAAACUUCAUCUCUGGGGUCUUUCUCACUCAACUAAACACAUUAAAAUUCCAACUUAUUAACUAAACUAAAGGUAAGAAAACAGUCAAAGGUGAGCACACGUUUAUUAACACAUCUAAAUCUACUGGUCAUGUCAAACUGGUUUACUGAGUGGGACUAAUAUUAGCAGAUUGAGCACCACCACCUUUGGUUCUCCUUGCAGGUAACAACCACUUACCUGGGCUGGCUCGACAAAAAGUGGUUUUCCACCAACCUGUUAGUAAAAAUCUCAAAAGUUGUAUCAGCAGAGACUUUGCACAGCUCACAUUCAGCUGAAAGUAAAAGGUUAAUAGUAACCAGAGUUGAUAUCUGGAAGUAUAAACAGGGAAGUAGGAGUGAAACUACACUCCAUUCAGACUUAGACUGUCAAAGCUGGUGUCUGCUCUUCUUCUAUCCAACAUGACAGAAGUCAUGGGUCAGCUGUCCCCAGCUUUAAGGACACUGCAUGUCUGUAAGAAGUCACGGCUUGAUCCAGUGUAGUGGGGAAAAAACAAACAUUAUUGACUCUGUAUGUUGAGCUACAGACUUUACCUUGAAGCCAGUUCCUUCCCUUUGCAUCACCAAAACACAAUAAAUUCAUUUAUUAACUCUUCUGAUUCUCUUGGAUGGAUAUUAAUUUUAAAUCUGCACCUGAAAUCAGGGAUUUUCCUUAAGUUUUAGCCAGACGUCUCACUAUCUUCUCCCCCCUGGACCUGUGCGUGCCGGCACUUUUCUUUGUCAGCACCAAAACUGGAAUUCCCGAAUGCUUACCAAGUGAGAGUCUGUCCUGUGUGUGAAUCAUUGCCUACAGCAGCCUUCACUGCCUUGACUCGUUUUUGCUGAGUGAAAGUUGUGGAUUGUGGAGUGAUGUCUUCUCUAAUGCCUGUAGGGAACAAUACACAAAAGCAGGAAUACAAUGGCAAUCAGUGAAGGCUUUAUGUUAAAAUUAACCUGUCUGGGAGUAAGUUAUCACCUCCAGCUCAGAGUUUGUCUUACUAAGGGCACAAAAAUGCAUAAUGUUAUACUACAGUUCAAGGAUUGUCUUCUUUAUCAUAACUCAAGUGCACAUUAUCCUAUUUCAUGCCUCCUUUUUUACAGUGAACAUGACAAUAUUUUAACGGUCUCUCAUAAUACUUUAUUCCCUGUUGAUGUUACUAUGGAUCAGUAAAUGUUCAGAGUUGGACUGAAGGUGUGUUCAAAAGUUUUCCCCUUCCUAUUUCUGUUUACUGUUUAAGUUGCCAUUCUUGAUGCUGUCUGUUGUCAUUAUUUAUCAGUCUGAUUCUGUUACACUGAAGGAGAUUCAAACUAAAACCUUUAAAAAAAUCAAGUCAACCUUUCCUUCACAAUCUCUGGCUCGUCUGCUUGUUUCUCCUCUUUGUCUUUUCUACCCUUUGCCAGAGAAACAAGUUAAAACCUGACACAUGGCUGCAGAGUCAGCAUAAUUUAUUAUCAUCGACGUAAUAGCGCUGCUUAAAGUAGUAGUAGUAGUAGUAGUACUUGGCAUUUCUUUGUGGCUUGAAGAAACCAUUAUUAGAGUCUCUUCCAAAAGUUGAGGGAGUUUGUCAGGUCUUAAUCCCGCUGUUCUUUGCUCCUCCAGCUUUCUCUUUGGAGGGAUCAGGCCUGAGCUUUGCUGACCUUUUCCGCCUGGUGGCUUUUUGCUGUAUCAGCAGGUGAGUUUAUCCUUCAACAUGACUGGUCAUUACAGUGAGUCAUUUUAACCACACUGAUGUGACUUAUGUGUCACCUAAAAGUUAGAUAGAUAAUUUGAAGAGGUAGACUGAUAUGUAUAUGUGCAUCUGUAUAAACGAACAUACUUUGAUAUUAUGGCUGCACUGCUGCGGCUACUUAAGCACGUUUUAAUAGUCUUAGUUGCACUUUGAAUACUUACUUAACCUUAAAUAAUGCCCACUGUCCUUUCACACACAAUAGAAAUGUUUAUGUUGUGGAUGAAAAAAUAUCUGAGGAAAAGAGAGGGGUGUUUUAUCACCAACUUUGAAGUCUCCAUGAAACUAACAGCUUCCUUAUUGGUUUAAAGUCCAUUAACUCUCCAUUAAAUAAAGUUUAAAUGGAGAUUUAAUGGAGUUUUCUUUAGAUGUUGGAAGCUCAAAGGAGACCUUGUCUGGACAUCCUUUAUUUAAAUGUUAUGGGAUUCAGCGUCUUUAUCUACUAUUAGUGCCAAAGCCACACAGUGAUGACCCAUAAAUGCUACAAGCCCCAUUUCUAUGUCCUGUGAUGGUAAUGGGUACAACAUCUCAUAGGAUACAUAUAAAUAUGUCCCAAAUGCAGGCUCUGCUAUAAACAUUUCCUAUAAAAUCCCUUUGCUGUAGGGAGAGAUUUAACAAAUAGAAGUGCAGGACAGAUCUUUAUUUACAAACUCUACCAAUAAAUCCAGAUCCUAAAAAAACUGUCACAAUAGUUGGUGUUGGAAGCACUCUGGUUUUGAUUUGCACAGCAGGCAUUGUUAUUAACUAAAAUUUCAGCCGCAAUUUCUCUGAAAUUGGCUGAACUGACAAAAGGAAAACAGUCUGCAGGAAGAAAAACAAAGAAGAUUUAACACAUUAGCUGAAAAUCCAAUCCCCAGAACCCAUCAGCGCCCAUCUGAAGACCAUUAACUUUUUAUUUAUUUUCAUAAUCACACAUCUGCAUCCAAGUGCAGCAAAUAAUCCACUCUCAGACAUGAUCUUUAAACUUUUACUACAUUUCCACUUUUUAUAUUGCUAACCAAGGCAGCAAUUAAACGACUAGCAUCAAAGGAAAUCUCGACUGUGAGUCCUAGAUCAGUAACUGUUCAACCCUGAUCAUUUGGCCGACACUCCCAUGGGCAGUAAAUUCUAAGGUUGGUGCAAGACUUAUGUGACCAGAGGACUAGGAACCUAAGCUGGUAUCCAAAAUGAGAAGAGUUUAAUUUUAUAUUCAGAUAUAUAAGUAAGUAAAUUUGUGCCAGAGGUGGAGUUAGAUGGUUAUUACCUGCGAUAUAAGGAUGACAAUUAGUAGGAAUAUUUUUGCAGUCAGAGUUUGAUUUCAACAUUAUCAUUAAUGUCACUUUGUUGACCAACUGUUGCAGAUUUUAUGUGUUUAUGUCUGAAAUGAUGUUGAAUUGACUGUUCAGAGUUGUAGAUUUGACUCCUUUUCAAAAAAAUUAAACCCAUUUUUCUACAUUGUUUGUCCUCAUGUCAGGGUGAGAUCACUUUAAGGGAUUUAAGAGCCUUUCUCUGCAAAACUGCCUUUAGGAGUUUUCCUGUAAUUACAGUAAAUAGUGAAAUAUUUUUAGCUUGGAUCUUGGAUUCAGCUUUGAAAUAGUAAAAUGCUCUAAAACACCCUGUAAAAAAAGGCACCUCAGGAGGAGAAGAAGGAGGAGGAGGAGGAGGAGCGUUUUACCCUCCGGCUGUGUGGUUGAAUAUUGGUGCAGCCAACACCGCGCACCCAGUCCAAGCCACGCUCCUCUUUCCCAACUCAGUGACUCACACAGUUUUAGGAAUUGUUUUCCAGUGACUCUGCCCUCCUGUACUCACUUUUCCAUUUCUUUGUUGACCAGGCCGCUCUCCUUUUUCACUCAAACCUUGACUCUUUUUUCCUCAGAGAUGUGUUGCCCUUCACGCUGAAGCUCCCGGAGGCCAUCGCAUCUGCCAGAACUUCUGCUGAUCUGGAGGAGGUUGCUAAACUCGGAGCAGGUUUGUUCUCUUUUUUUGGAAUAUUGGUCAUGAAGUGGAAGAAAUUAGAAACAGAAAAUUACAGACAAUGCAUGAAAACAAAACAGUUCUGGAAGUGAUGAAAAAUAGUGGCAAUGUUUGCAAAGGUUUACAUACACAUUUAAUGGACAGUGUUGUAUGAUAAUAACUGUAUGUUUAAUGUAAGCUAACCAUAUCAUUAGGUGUUCCCUAGAGCAUAAUAAGUGAUGAAAUUUGGAUGAGUAGGCCAGAGAGUCAGGUUAGAAUCAUUGCAGAAGUCUGAUGAAAGGGUUAACACCUAAUCCACGUAAAGCCAAAAGAUUGUAGUAGGUCACACGUGCAGAGGUGUAACUUUGUGAGCUGUUUUUAUUCCAAGUCUACCUCCUUAUACCAGGAACUUCUGCAGUUUAGCAAAGCAACUUUAGCUCUUCUCUCAGCCUCUUGCAGAAAAGUUGAGUGUUUCCAUCCAUUCCAUCCACAUCUGUUAUGUGUAAAAAAUGAGUUUUUUUCCCGAGGCGUGACACUCGUAAAGCCCAUCUCAACCACAUUCCCCUCUGCUCGGAGCAUUAACUAGCAUGCCAGUGCUAAAUGACUCGCCCCAAGGGACAAAAGCCUCUUCUAGGCUCUGUUCAGUAUUGCUCAGCUGGGCAUGAAGUCAGGCAAUAGCUGGAUUUCUCUGGGGUAUUUUUUUUCCCUCCUCACAGCUGAGGAUGCAAGAUCUGUCUUUCUUUUAAACAGUGUGAAAUGAAUUCCAGGGUUACUACAUCAUAGUCAUUGAAUCUGUGUUUCUAGUAAAAAAGAGAGUGGGUGUUAUUUUUCACUGCUUACCCAGUUGUAUGAAAUACUUCAGUCUUCUGGGUCAAAACUCCACAACUCCACACCAGGGACUAACUGAUCACUCACGUUAUAACACAUUAAUCCAUGGAUUCUUUUCGCCUCUGCCUGCUGACGCUGGCAAAAACAUUAGUUUCCAUCUGAGGCUGGUUUUAAGAUUUGGAAAAUAAUGAAGGAUAGUGGGCACAGAUGUGAGAGCAGCUGGAGGAGCGACUCGGCCCCAACUGUCUCUGUUAGGGAACAGUGGAGCGACAUCCCUGGAGUGGAGGUGAGUUGCAGAGGAGUUUUCAAAGGGAGCAUGAAGAGUAGGAAGGCUGAAUCUGUUUACAUACAAUGCUCAUAUUCUUUGCCAUGUGGAUGAGUAGAAGGCAAUAGGCUGAGCUGUCAGCUGACACGGGCUGGCGUUGAGAUCAGCGUGACGAUUAUCCUGAUCAGAUGAUAAUGUGUUGCUUGCGCACACACAUUUGCGUAACUAUCAACAUGACCACCCACUCAGUAUACAUUUUCCCACACCUACAACUCUGUUUCCAAAUCACAUGAAGGACUUUUUUAGUCUAAAGAUAAAGACAAAGCUGAGACAGAAAUAGUGGUUUAAAAAUGUGUAGGUGUCGUUGGAGUCAUCUUCCACAUCACUUCCUCUUUCUUAACCCGCUGAGUGACCUCUCCGGCCAUUCAUGCUCGUCUUCUUUGACUCAGCUCUGAGAUACCAUGUGAACCCAGGACUGACAGGCGCAGACUUCUAGUGUCCCCUCAACGUGACAGCUUCUUAAAGAGAGCCGGAUGACAUACAAUGAUUCGAUAAAGCCAGCCUUUUAAUGUGGUCUCAAGUGAUUCAAAGACGUACAUUAUCUCUCUGUUUUUUCCUGUCUUGUGUUCCUCUAUGUCUCCUUUUCUCUCUCAUCCAUUCAUUCAUUCACUCAUUCAUUCAGAAGAGCCUUCCUGUUCAGGGAGGUGACACAAUGGCGGGUUUUGUGUCUGUGGAGCUGCAGUGAAUAGUUGGUCUAAAGGGCCGUUCUGACGUACAUGUGAACGUUAAUGUCCUGAAAGAUGAGAGGAGUGUGCAGUUGACUCUGACGUCCUCAGUGUUAUAUUACCUGUCAUGUGGCUCACCUGUAAUGACUCUGUGGUUUACGAGACAUUUUUCUAUCUUUUGUGGUGUGUUUUAAAGCCUCUUGUGUUCAGCGUAAAGCUGCUGGAUAAAGUUUUAUUUUAAAGUAUAAAAGCUUGUCAGGGCAAGUUUAGUGUGCCAGGGGGCACUGAAGCGAAAUAGGGCAGCGGGCCACUAAAGAGCCAACCAACCUCCCCAGAAACAAACAAUUCCACCUUUGGUUGAUUCACCAAAUGCCUGUUUCCUGUAAGAGGAGGCAUUAAAUUAAGGUUACAAUUUUGAAAAUAAAUUAAGACCUCACUUCAUAGAUGGUUAUUUGUGAGCUUUGGUUGUGUUUAAAAGGGAUGGAAAUAAAGAAAAAAACAAUUACAGAAGUGCUAAUACUGCCGUCCAUCAUCAUGGCUGCAAAGGCCCAGAAAUCCCCAUUAAGUCCUAAAUCAAAAACCCUGUUUUAACAGCAGAAAGAAGUUUUUUCAUAACUUGGUUCAAUAAGUGUUUUUAGGUCAGCAUAGCCCUUUUUUUUAUUCCCACCUACCUUACAAGUUACGUUUUAUAGGCUAUAUAAAGGGUUAGGGUUAGGGUUUGGCUGUAUAAAGGCAAAGACUCAUCUAUAAACUUGCAUAACUUGGAGUUGGGACACAGCAGGAGCAAAGUGUAGAAGUUUGCCAGGAGGGUAAAUGCCUGCCUCAGCUGCACCUCUGUGCUUGUCUAGGUUUACCAAAAGUUUAGCUGAAUCAGCAUUUCUACAGUGACCCCUUGACUUCAAAUGUAUAGUGACGUCACAGUGACCGUGUCAGUGUUUUAUGCAGUUUGGGGUUUAUCUGUUGACCUCAGUCUGUGAUACUGAUUGAAUAGGAAGGUUGAAACCUUUGCAUGAGCUCUGGAGGUUCAACAAACAUGAUGAAAUGUAGUGGCAGUGGAAGAAUGUGGAGUUUUUUCAAGGAUUCAAGGAACUUGAUUUGUCAUACCCCACACCUUUGACAGUCUGUGGUACGAAAUUAGUACCCAUGUCUGUUUUCAAGCCAAGAAUAUCACACAAUACAAUAAAUAAAAUACCAUACAAAAGAUAAGAUACAAUACAAUUUUCUCCUCCCUACUGACAGCAGUACUGUCAGCCUUUGUGAAGAUUAUUAAGGGUUUUUCUUAUUUUCAUAUUCAACAUCCUGCUAGCCACAAAAGAUAAACUUCUAUAAUCUUUCGUGGCAAGCAGCCCAUCACCAGAGAGGAGGCAGACGGCGUCCAUUCUAUAUACAGUCUAUGGACAAGACACUUAACCCCUCUUUGCUUCCAGUGUAUGUCCUCCACUGGUGUGUGAUUCUUAUGCACAUGGCUUUGGAUAAAAACAUCUGCUAAAAUGACAUUGUAACAAUGCUGUAUGCAAAAACUGAAGUUCCUCGAGUGACCACUUGAGGCUGGCACCAAAAGCAGAGGGAUCACUCUUACCAUGCAUGUUGAAAAGCCCUCUGAAAUGGACAAAAGACACAUGUUAGCAGCCUGUUUUCAUUUCUGUAGCCCAGUUCUCUGUUUGCACACACUGUGAAAGAGGUGAUUUUUUAAAAUCAUCCCAUUUUGGGGAUAUCAGGGUUACAAGUUUAGCAUAAUCAAAUAGCAUAACAGCAUAAUUUGGAUUUUCCCCCUGUGGAACUAAUAAAGGUAUAUCUUAUCUUAACUCUAUCUCUUAUCAGGCAUUAUUAGAGAUGUGGAUGACUUUGCUGGUAGAUACAUAAUAAACAAAGCGGCUGAAGGCCCACCUUAUCUCCACUUCUUUGCCGGUGUCUCGGUGGACUGAAAGUUAGGCUGAGUCAUUCUUUUCCAACCUGGCGACUGCCAUCGUUCGGUUUCAUCAGUCUUCCUCAGAAACCCACAGGUGACGUCUCUGAGACUACCUCCAUGUUUUACACAGUCAGUGCACAUAAACAAGUGCAUGUUUGUUUAAGCUGGCUUUGUGCUGUGAGCCAAGAUAGUGAUUAACUUUCUAAAAAAAUACCCCCAGCUGUCAAAGCAUCAAAGUCACUGACUAAAUUUCCUGUAAAGUGUGCAUACUUGAUCUAUUUUUGGCUCCUGUUCAGCUGCCACAUCUCUCUGUGAGCUGCCCCCUGUUUAUCCUUGACUUUCCCACUUCUGACAUCAGCCACGUCAAACCACAUUCCUCCCUGCUCUCUGUCAUAGGUGUUUUUGUGUGUUUGUGUGUGUGUGUGUGUGUUAAAAGUAUUUACAGCAAAGUUAUACUGUGUUGGACUUGUGUAAAUACAUUUGCAUGUAUAACUUAAUGAAGUAAUCCUCUUUCUUAUUCUUUUUAUUUUUUAAUAAACAGCAGCUUAAAUACUUUGUUUACAGAAUAUCAGAAACAGUGAUUAAAUAUCUGCAGAUAGAGUGAGUAACACUGAAGGAAAAGAAAAGAGAAUAAACAAGCGUUUAGAAGAAGGAGGGAAAUAGAGGAAUCUUUUGUCAGUGUCAGAGAGAAGGACACAAAGAAAGAGAUCAUCCAACUUCAAUAGAGAGGGAGGGACGUAGGCGGGACUGCUGAGCCAACAGCCCGCCCACACACACAUUAACACGAGUGAGUCAUAACACAGACCAAGUGUGAGUGAGCCGGAGAAACUAGUGGAGUUUCAGCUUAUGCAGACACAGCAUUGUGUCUUCUGCAGUGACAAAAGUCAGAGGAUUGAGUGAAAUUUGACUCUGAACAGCUCGUCUGUGUGUCCACCAGCUCUGGGAUCACAGUGAGUAUUGUUGCCGUCUCUAUUCUGCUGUGUAGUCGAGCUGUAGGAGCUGCUGUGUGUCUGGUACGAGCGCUUCUCAUGUGCUAUUGUUUUCCGUGCGGCUUCUCUGUCUCUUAUGACCUCACUGUAAAGUUGUCACUGUAGUUUGAUGCUGUUUCUUAUUUGCAUUUAAAAGUUUGCUACAGAGUCUCUAAGUUCAUCGGCAGUCUGAGGUGUUUUUUUCCUUUGUGGCUUUGUGAGAUCCUUUUGAAACAGCUCAUAAUUUCAGGGCUUCUCUUGGACUGUUUGGAUUGGUCCAGUGACACGUUUCAGUUCGUUCUAAGCACCGUUUUCAGAAUAUUCCCUGAUGUCUAGCUGUUGGCAAAUGUGCUAUUCUGCACAAAACAUGGUUUUAUUUUGAAGGCAACAAUUAUUUCAAGUUGCAAAAAAACUGCAAAAAAAAAAAAAAAACAUCUGAAAGCCACCAUCAGGUCAAAGAUUUGUAGACACAACUGGGAAUCUGAUACUGACAGAGCAAUGAUAUCUAUCAGUAAUGCUUCAAAUUUUCAUGUUGCUUUCGUCAUAUUGAAGGAUUGGUCGAUAAUGGCAGAUGCCAGUGCUGAUAAUGAGAGAGCAGGUUGGCUUAUGGCUGAGUUAUAAUGCCAGUAUUACAUUGUUGUUGUUUUUGGCUUUGAUGAAAUACAGUAUUUAAUAACACAAACAUAUAAGACACAACAUUUCUAAACCUGAAAUAUUUUUUUCUCAAAUCAAUACAGAUGGAAAAAUGUUUGCCUCAGUUAAACAAGAGACUUUUGGAUUCCUGUCCAACCAUGUGUAUUUCCUGAAAUCGUAAAAAUACACAGUAAAUAUUUGAGUUAAAAAGUCCCAUUUGAUUUUAUUAUUAUUAGAUGCACAUUACAACAAAAGUACAUGAUUAUCUUAGCUGGUAAGAUAUUUACAUCAGCCAACUGAUGAAUCGGCUGUCUCAAAGAUCUGAUGCAUAAUUUGGUGCUUCUGGCACACUGUGGGUGAAAAGACAUGGAUGUCUAUUUUAACUCUCUUUUAAACUUCAUAUUUGCAUGUAAAGCAUUUUUAGUGCUAAAAGAAGUCUGGUGUGUAAAAACUGUUGAUGGACACUAUUAAACAGCUUUGGUUGUGUUCAAGAAAACAGGACGUAUAGAGGGCAAAUAAUACAUUUUAUUUAAAAGCGCCUUUCUGGACACCCAAGGACACUGAACAGGCAUUAAGAACACAGUUAAAACACUUUUAAAAUAAAUAAGCCCUGCUCCCCAUGGUAUAGAGGGCAAAGAAAACAUGUUAUCUUCUUAUGGCAGCAAUAAGGCUUUAUCAUUAAUCUCAGUAAAUGUCUGCCCAUGAAUACAUGUGCUCAACUUGUUAGUAAAGCUGUAGGCGGUUACCUUGUGGAUGGAAGAGGAAGUCUGUUUUUGGUAUCGAUGAGCCUCAUGUUUUUAAAAUGAAAUACCUUCUGACAGACUUGACAAUCAGCAUUCACAACAGAGUUGAAGCAAUAAGGCUGUUAGUGAGAUAACCAAGUCCUUCUUUAAGAUCUGGCUCCAUGCUGCUGGAACCCUCUAGAUGACAAAGGGCAAAGAUAAUUUACAGUUUGUGCUUUUAUUAUGGAUCACACCUUGCUUACCUGAUAAAGUAAGAUGAUGUCUCUCACUGUCCCCUGUAGGUUUCUGGGAUUCUCAGUUGUGCAACAAGAGAAAGCGCUCAGCCUCAUCAGCAGUAGUAACUGCUCCCAGUAGACCACCACCCCCUACUCAGAGACCGGUCUCCUGGACAACCUCCCCAGAGCGCCCUCGUCUUCGAACUCGCACUCCAUCUGAGCUUGAGUGUAGUCAGUCUAACGGAGCGCUUUGCUUCAUAAACCCCCUCUUCAUAAAGGUUCACCAACCAGAGGGAGACAACAACGCCAAUAUAGAUCCUUCUGGCAAUGCAAAGCGAGGCCUGACAGAGGAACCUGUUACUAACGUUUCAGACACCAACAACAAGGAAAACUCCAAGGUGCAGGACCAUUCCAGUGACACGAGCAGCGGGAAUCUAAAGCCGAGUGCCUCAGAUAUCGUUCCACGUUCCCCACCUCCUCGCCCACCUCCGCCUCACUUUGCACUGCGGCGCUCAGGCCGUCUUCCUCGUCAGCGCAGCAUGCCUGAGAAGAUCUCCUGGAUCAAAGUCCCAAAGGAGAAGAUGGAGGAGAGGGAGAAGGGCAGCAGCCUCCUCUCUCGUCUGGGCUCCUCUUUAAGCAUCAGUCCUUCGUCAUCUCCACCCAAGAGACUUAGCAUCAGCUCGCCAAUAUCCAUCCCCCGGCCCACUCUCCCCAUUUCUCUCUCAUCUCUCUCCUCUUCACCUCGUCGCACCAAAACCUCACCUUCAUCCAGUCAGGAGGAUGCUCAGUGCCACUUGGCGCUGGAAGAACAAACUAUUGAGAAGGCUCUCUUGAGGGCCAAGCUGUCCAAGCAAAAUUCUUCCAAAACCCCCAGCCAAGACUCCAGUAGUCCCUCAGACCCCUCCCUGUUGACGUCAGGGAAGAGAGCAGAGCUGGCAGGUGGAGAAGAAGAAACAGGGGAGGAAUGUAGCGGAGGUGGACAGCGGUUGAGUGACAUGAGCCUUUCCACAGAUUCCUCCGACUCUCUGGAUUUCUCUCAGUGUUCGGCCUUCUUCCUGCCCCCUCUGCACGACCCAAGCCCCCCCACUGUGGAUGACUUCAACACACACCUCCCACUCUCCAUCCCACCAUCUCCUCUGCAGUACUGCGGUAUGGAGGAUGAUGAUGAUGAGGAGGACGAUGAGGAUGAAGAAGAACCUGACUAUGGUGUCAGCCUGGAGAGUGAUCAGGACCAAGACCAGGACUUGACCAUGGUGCCUCCCGGUCACCGCACAAAACGCCGCACCAGCGCCAGCGCUUUGGUCCUGCAGAAAGCGCUGAAAGGGCAUCUACGCAAGAUGAGCGGCGUUUUCAACUCGCUGCUGACGCCUGAGAAACGGGCGAUCCGCAGGGUGGUGGAAAUGUCCAGGGAUAGGGGUGCGUACUUUGGCUGCCUGGUACAAGACUACCUGAACUACAUGGGUGAGGGAGGGGGCACCCAGGCCUGGCAGGGCUAUGCCUCUGGACUGGAGCUACUGCAGACUAUCCGCCAGUUUAUCACUCAGAUGAAAAGCUACCUACGACAGAGCUCCGAGCUGGAGCCACCAAUCGAGAGCCUGAUUCCUGAGGACCAGAUUGGUGAGUACCUCCAGUUACACUUCACUCUGACUUAGUGAUGGGCAUGGCAGUUCUUUUAGAUGUACUGAAUCACUAGAAUCAGUUCACUAAAAAGAUUCGUUCAAAAGAUUUGUUCACCAAAUCACCAAAUUAUUUAGCGAGAGAAGCCGGCGACUCUGACCUCCUGAACUUAUACACAGCUGAACAUUUCAGGAUUCAGUUCAAUUCAGAGCUUUGUUCUACAAAAAUGAUUCCAGAGAGUGUAGUUCAAUGCGUGAUUCGUUCACCAAGUUGUUCAGGUGUCGGUGCAUGUGGUCCCUCGUUCGCCAGCUGCUUGCCUGGCAAUGCUGAAGUGAGACAUGAACGAAUCACUCAAGGAAGUGAUUCGGUUCAAUGUGUUCACAUAAAAGAUUUGGUUCUUUUGAAUGAAUCGUUCAUGAACGACACAACACUUCUCUGACUCUUGACCAGUGGUUUCUUGUGCAUUGUAGGCUGCGUCAAUGUGAGUCAGUUGAGCGCUUUAAUUACAGUAAUUGAGUCUGUGGGUUGUGGGAGAAACAUUUGGUUAACUGUCGACAAGUUGGGAUUGCUCCAUCUAUGUUUCUACCUCUCCCGUAUCUUGACCUUCACCUGAACCUGAACCCAACUAUGAGGGGGGGUGGAAGUCAUUUUUGUGUGUUUUUGCUAAGAAGUUGAUUAUUUUUAGGAAGUGUGAAUGAGUGAUGAUUUCAUGAAGAAAUCUCACUCUAAAUGGAAACACUAUGUCACAGAAGACAUGUUAAACGCACACACAGCAGUUUCACUUCGCUGUUUUUCUCGUGAGGACAUUGGAAAACUUCUCCUCACGUGUUGGCAUCUGAAUGUGUGCUUGUGUGUUUUUUUUGUAUGUAUACCCCUUGUGAAGCAACGGCCUUCAGGGUGAUCUUAUUCACUUGUAUGUUGAUGUGACAAAUCAGUAUCAGUUUAGCAAAACCGGACAGGUGGGUCAAGUCUGUCUCGCCAUCUAAAACUUUGCAAAUCUGCUUUAAUCCAGGAUUAAUAUUCGCAUUCAUCUCCAUUUAAUAGCAUUUAUAGACAUGAUAUAUUUAAUCUUACUAUUAUAGACAGCAACAUAAAAGGAUAAAACCAAACACAACUAUUUCAAUACAUAAAGACUUCACACACCUGCCGGAAGAGCAGUCUGAAUCAUUGAGGCCAAGAUUCAGUAGCUGCAUCAGACUUUGGAUGGAGUAACUUGUAAACAGAGAGCACAAAGAGGGUUUUAUCUUAGGGGGAAGGCUGCUGUUCAACUAACCUGUUUCUGCUGGCCCCGGCACCAGAGGGCUGUAAUUAUGAAGUCAUGAACAUGGUGGAAAAACUUGGUUUAAUUUUUCCCUGGUAUGUUACUUUUUUAACCACAUAAACUGUUUGAUUUAAACCGUUUUCAUUCUACUAAAACACUUUGAAGCUAAAUAAGUUGUUCAUAAAAAGAUCAUCAUUCUCACUGAACAUACUAGAACUGUUUUGCUUAUAAAUGUCAGCAUCUGUUACUGCAAAUUUUGAACACUUACUCUUCUAAACAGUCUGGAGGGUCACAGUCAAGCUGCAGAGUAAACAGGGAGGAUCCAAUAAAAAACUAGCUGUACCUAUAAUUUUAGUAUUAUGUGGUGUCCUGUAAUUUUGGACUGUAAAUGAGGCUUAGUCAAUAUACUAUUUAUCUAUAUCUUUCCAAAUCCAAGCAUAGCUCUGAUUACAAUAGAGUUUCUUUUUAAGUCAAUAAAAACAACUACAAGCAGUUUUGGAAUUUGAGAAAGAAAAAAGAAAAACUUAAUUUCAAUUUAGGAACCAGGAAAUAAAUCAUACCACUAGAAACCUGAAUACUUUCAAAGAUUUGGACAGAAAAGUGUGUUUACUGUCUAUACUGUCUACUGAGGCAUUUGAUGUCACCAUGUUGCAUAAAAAACAAACAAAAAAACCAACAACAAAUAAGAAUUAGAUGAUUAAAAAAAUAAUCAUAAUCAUCAUGAUACAAACAAACAAAAAAAUCAAAAUUUAUUAUUAUUAUUAUUAUUAUUAUUAUUAUUAACAUUUAUGAUUUCUUGUUGCUAUAUUUAAAAAUAAAUAGAUUAAAAAAAUACACUACAACUAUUAUAGCUAUUAUUAUUAUUUGUUACAGUUAUUAUUUCCUUAUAAGUUUAGUGGUUGUAUUUAUUAAAUUAUUGAAUAACAAAUUACUUAUUAAUUGUUUUUUGUAUUCAUAUUACUUCCUUUAAUCUCCAUCUUCUUUGUUGUUAUUUUACAUGGCAGUUUGGAGGUGAUUGCCACAUGGUAUCUGAAGUGGAAAAAUAAGUAUAGAAGCAGCAGUUGCAGCAGUUUUUCAUAUUUCUGUGUCACAUGUGGCAGUUGCUCCUCCUCCUUUCUGUUUUUUUGAAUGGCCUGUUUUUCACAACAACAAGAUCUGCCCAUGCAGUUUGAAGUCUUGGAAAAGUUGCGCAAGAUUUUGUUGUGGCAUCCUCAGAGCGUGUUUUCGUGUUAGUCUCUGAGGUCCAGAUGCAUUUGGUGACUCUCAGCCAAGUUGUAGAAUCUGUGUCCAAAAACCCUUUUAAACCGGCGCUCCAAUCAGAGCGGGAGGGCAGAGGCAAGCCCCUGUGGCACUUAAUUUGCAUUUUCAACUUGGUAUCUGCAUUCAUACGUGUUUUUUGCUUUCAAAAUAAAGUCAUUGUCUCAUAUAACCUCUACUCACAGUAAACUCACCGAUCUGAAGUCCUAUCUGAUGUGAAGCAAAGGUAAUGCAAAUUUUAAAAUAUUUAGAGACUAAAGAUUCAACAGUAACAAAAAUCACAAUCUUUAGGGUUAACAAUAAUGCUUCAGAAUACAGAGAAUAAUUUUAUCAUUACUUUUGUUUUUGUGGUUUCUGCCUGGAUCUUACUCAGCAACCCAAAUAUGUGUUUGGGUUCGGGAUAUUCAGACGGGGAUGGGGGGAGCAGUGAGGAGUGGUAAGAGGCAGAAUAGACUUCCUUGUUUUCAGCUCAUCCCACACUGUGAGGCUCUCAUCAGCCCGACACAACCCGACAUCAUGGAGCUCUGUUUAUUCAGAGUGUUCAUGUGUUAUAAUAAGACCAACACCUGGAUUAGAGCUGUCGCUUUGCUAUAUGAAGUUAGAAACUGACCUUUAAGCUGCCAGGAGGAGUUUUUUUCUGAGUACAAAGUAAUCUGCCAAAGUGAAUGAUUGAAACAAAGAACAUCAGCAAGAGUACUGAGGACAUCAUUGUGGUUGUUUCGCCGCCAUCAGACAUUUCAGACAAAGUGAAUUACCCCAGACUACAAAAAAAGGCUUUACUGGAAUCAAAAAUAGUGUGGGUAGAAAUAAGAUAAAAGCAGGGUCAGAGCGAGCAGAGCAGCGUCCACAGUAGAGCACUUAAAGCUUUUCACUGUAACCCCAGUCAAACUCAGUCUAAUUAAUACUCUCCUUAAUACCAUCAAAAGUCAAAAGUAUUUCCAUUAAGAUAUUUCAUUCUACAAAACAAAAUUACAUCAAUUAAUACUUUCAAUAAGCAAAGAUGUAUUGAGGAGAGGAAAUUCAUCACUUUAGGACAUCCCCAGUAUAAAUGUUCUGACUUUAGCUUACGUUUAUAGUAAUCAGGGAUAGUGGUUGACCAAUUACAGUUUUUCAACACCUGAUACCAAACUGAUAAUGAGGCUGCAAGACAAACAAUGACCGAUGUACUGUGCUGAUUUAUUUGCUUUUCCUUUUCUCUUUUGUUCCAUAUGACAAAAUUCAAUUAUUUAGUAAUAAAGACACAAAUAAGACAGUUUUUUUAUUUACUUUUUCUUUUUUUAAUUAAUUUACUUUAGACAUAGACAUAUUUUGCUAAGCAAAGUCUUGCCAUAAAGGAAUUUUUAUGUCUGUCCAGCCAUCUCAAAUUAUAAAAAAAAGAUCCAAGUUAAAUAUUGUAAUUUAAACUUUUAAAAACUCAAAUCCAUUAUUUCAUGCACAUUAGAAUUAAAUAUUCCUGGAUAUGAAUCAGUCUUUCUUUUAUCAGGGAUGCAACCUACUUUUGUACAUGUAUUUGUUAUUGAGAGAAUAAACUAUUGUUGACUCGUAAACGCUUGUCCUUCAGCUUAUGUUUUAGUUUGACCUGAGGAAAUGCACCAAGGCUUUUUUUAGGGUGUGUAUCAGUGUAACAGGAGGUAAGACAAUCUGUUUAUCAGCAGAGCUUCUUGUUCAGUGACAGGACAGAUAGACACACUCCACCUCCAGAUAACAUCAGACUAUUUUUACAACGGAAACCAGUCUGAUUUUCUCUGGACAUCUACGUGUGUGACUUUGAGCUUGAGGUAUUUUUUCUACAGUGAUUCUAUCUGUUGCCCUUUUUUUUUUAUUGUUUUUGUAAGACACAUCAUUUAGGAACACAUUCGUCUGCCACAGUGGUUACAGUUAAGAGGACCACUUUAAAGGGAGAUAAUAUACUGCAUGUGAGGGGUAAAAGCGUCAUUUCCUGUACAUUUGUCAAAGAGCACAGAGAGGAUGUUUGGUGGGAGGAUGUUUAUAUCAAAGGGAAGAGGUCCUGCUUUGUGGAGAGCAUGGGUCUGUGUUUGUGUCUUGUUGCCUGUUUUGGUGCUGUCCUUGGCUGAUGAGUUGCCCUGAGGUAGUCGGACUCCUCUUUGUUUUCUGCUGUCUGUUUGUGACACAACAUGGUUGACAUUUAUGUAGAGGUGAAACUCUAACCUUGUUACAUGAAUCCACUUUGAAGCCAGAACGGGACAGAAAUGUCCAGAGGGCUCAACCAUCAUUCAUGUCUGUUCCUCUGAAGUGCAGAAAACUUAUGACUGUGGGGGAAAGUACACCCACGGUUCUUUUAGGCCCUUUAAAAUGUACAGUUUUGCAGUUUUGCUUUGAACAGUCUUGUUUUAAUGUCUAUAAAUGUCUCAGAGAGAGGAAUGUUGAGUUUGCUGUUUUUAAUGACUGUAACAACCAAGAGCGAGUCCACUAAUUAUUUAGCUCAGGAACAAGUAUUAUGUCCUUUCCCUGGAAAAGUUAGAUCUAUUUUUGUCUCGUUGUUGAGAAAUAACUCAGCCAGUAAGUGUCUGAAUAUUUGAUCAACUCCACAUGUGUAUUGAGUUAUUAUUGAAGCAGUAAUACCUACCAGGGCUGAAAAGAGACAACAUGUUUAUCUGAAACUCCCUUGGUAAUCUAAGAAGCAUUGUGCAACGUUGAGCCACACCUGGCUGUGAGGUGGAGAUUGUAACAAACUGAUAAACCACAACACCUUAAACUUGUGUUUGAAAUGGAAAAAGAGCUCUAUUGGAUGAGUUACUCAAAGUAAACAGUUAAGCCCGCUCUAAAGCAGGUUUUUGGCUUGUCCUGGUCCAACAUAGAAUCAUGGUAGACCCAAUAGACUGACUUUACUUCCUUUGAAGACACCAAAAAGUCCUUCUAGGUUUAUAAAAACUCAAUCAAUUAAAGGUGCAGUGUGUGGUUUUCAGCCACAUUUAGCUGAAUGAAAUUGACAGAAAUGACACAUGGUAUUUGUAAGUUAACUUUUAAUAACCUGAGAGUAACGGUUAUGGUGAACUAUGAUUUCUGACACAACAAUAUUUCUACAGUCGCACAGAAUAGACCACUUAUUAACACACACGUUUUUGAAUGGAAAUUGUAUUAGUUGAAAGAUGAUGAAUAAAGCUGUUGUUGUGUGCAGAAUAAUUGGCAUGAAUAAAUAUUUUUGAUGGAAAAAAACUUGACCAUGGAGGAUUUAACUUAUCACGCAUCACAGAAGCUUUUUGUCCUCAAAGACCACCGUUGAUUUACCAACAAGGGGCUGAGCAAGGGAGCAUUUAAUGUGGAAUCAAACUAAAUAUUGUAUAUAAACAUAUAUACUCCUAUUCUGUGCACUUUACCUCUAAAGACUGUUGCCAUACAUCAGAAUUAUUCACUUAUUUUGAUGUAUAGCAACAGUAUUUGAAUAUUUAAAUCAACCAUCUCUGAGGUUUGUGUUCUUGGCUGGAUAAAAAAACAUUUUUUGAAUAAAUUUGGGUUCAUAUGUAAAAUGCUGACUGUUAGGUCAAACAAUCUAUCAUUCAGUCUUGAGUUAUACGACACAAAUUGUUACAAAUGUUAUUUCAAGUCCCUUUCACAAAACCAGAUACAGGUCUUGACUGUACAUUAUUAGAGAUCACACAUUAGUCCAGCCUGAACCAUCGUAAACACUGAUCUGCAGGCGCUGUGUUUGGCUCAGAGUGAGGUUUGAGGGGUUUUAAUGAUAAUCCCUCGUCACGUGUAACAUAGAGUCAUAAAGCAGUUUAUCAAGGCUCGUUAAUGAGUAAUAUAGUGAAGCUCAUUUAGACAAAGUCAUAAAGUAAAAAAUGCAGAAGCUUCUUGAUCUUGAAUUAUUGUUUCAUGAACCCUUUUCACUUCUUGAUUCUCGAUUAUUCCAUAAUCACAGUCAGUGCGGUUUCCUCUACAGCAUGUUUGUGUUUGAAAAGGUGCGUCUUGUGAAGUUAAUGAUACAAAUGGAUAAUACUAUGAGGAAGAGACUACAUUUAAAAUGCUUCAAGGAGGAACUUAAAUUCUAGGUUUUACUGUCUGUUGUUAUCAUCUGGAUUUUACUGAAUACUUUUGAUUCCAUCUUGUACCUGUUUGGCCAGGGAGCAAAAAAUACCUUUGUUAUAUAACUCUUGAUGUAACAAAAUCUUUGUCUUAUGAUGAAGAUACAUAAAUAUUUGAAGAGUUUGGCCUGACAUGACCUCUUGUAUGAACCAGAUAUAAGCAGGAACACUUUCUCAGGGAACAUUUACCAAGGAAAGUGAUGUCGACAAAGAGGUUGUUGUUUUAAUCCUAAUUAAAUAUAAUUAAUAAUAUUAAUCAAAUAAAAAUAUUGUUCCAGUAUACUGACAUAGGUUUGUAAAAACAGAGUCCAGCCCCUGUCCAUCAUAUGAGCUGGUAAAUAGCCUCCCUGGUUGUGCUGAUGCCAGUUAAAUAUGCUUGGCGCCCUGUUUUGUUUCGACUUUGUUGUCUUUGAAUGAGGAAGUGAGAAUCUGCUGCCCGGCUCACUUCCUGCAAAGGUGAAAAGUGUGGUGAGGGAAAUUUUCCAUCGGAGGGGAAUUUUGCCAUUUUUGAGGCUGUGUCGUGUUCCUGUAUUCUUUGGUGAAUGCUGGAACAGGACACAGGCUUGGUAAAUAAUUUUAGGUGAAGUUUGAAUAAACUGUUUCGGGAUCAUAAUGGAAGAAAACUUCAGCCUCUAGAUCAGCAGUUAUCAUUAUUUUUUUCUAUGUGACUGAAACAGCCAUUACAUUUCUUCAUUCAGUGCUACUAGACUGGAUAGUGACAGAAAUGGACUUGAAAGACUAAAACUGGUAAAUUAAGAGUUGACAACUUCCAGAUUAAGACGGACAGAGACUGAUUGAAUACCAUCCAACUGUGGUGGAAAGUAAAAUCUGUGUCUGUAAAUGUGCUCAGCUGAAAAAGCUGCUGACUUCACUCCUUUCUGGAGGAAAGUCAGCAACACACACAGACACACACAGACACACACACACACAUGGUCCUCCUUAUUCAGCAGAGCUGUGGUUUGGCCUCCCUCUCUGCAUCCAUCCUGUCUGUAUCAUGAUAUCAUGGUAUGUGUUAGACAGACUGCACGAGCUGAGCUUGUAAAAGCUCAUGUUGACACUAGAGAUUGUGGAUACCCGCCCGACUACUCUGCAGUCUGGAUUAUACUGAUCCAGCUGUGCUUUUCUGGAGCAGUGCUGUCAUGGACAGGAUUGUCCUGGAGUCUAAAGGUUAAACAGAGAGCUCAGGUUCAACUGAUCACAAUAAAAAAAAAAAAAAAAAACCAACAGAGGGCGAGAGCUGACCUUUAAAGUUUUCAGGUAAAGAUCAGCAAUGACAGGAACUCAGGAGGAUAACUGAACAAGUGUUUAAAAACAGGUGAGACAUCUUUAAAGAUAAAACAAAAUGCUACACUGUGAGUCAACCCGAAUAAAUGCAAAUAAACAGAAUGAAAGGGAUUAAAAAGGGGGAGUUUUCAAGCAGAGACGUAAAUUACAGCAAAUAUAUAGAAGAAAAAGGAUAAAAGCAAUAAAGGACCAAAAAAAAAAGAGAUUAAAAAAGGACAUAUUUGUCUGUCAACUUUAACAGCAAAAAAUAAACACCAAGGCUCCUAAUGGAAGAGUGAAUACUUGGGACUAAAGAGGGUCAAAAUGUUUACAUCCAACUGUCUAUUUGUCCAGACAAAAUGACUUCAGUUUUCUUCUCCUGUGGUUCAGGAAGUUUAAGUUCAGCCAUGAUUUAAUAUCUUUCAGACAACUGAGCAAGGGCUGCAGUAACCCCUUACUUUUUAAUCUUCAAGCAAACAUUUGCACAUAAUCAGCAAAGCAGUGAAAUGAUAUGAUGUAUAAUAGGAAAACAGACCCCAGGGACAGCAGAGAGUGGGCCUAACCCAGAUCCUUGAGGGACACCAGAAGUAAGAGCGGCCAUACAAGAGAAAGAUGGCCCCUCUAAUCUGGGUCGAGAGGAUUUCCUGAUCAUCAGGAUCAUCAGCAGCCGGUAAAUCCAAAAGUACCAAAGUAUUGGCAUUUCCAGCAUCAACAGUUAAAAUUAGGUCAUGAAAAACUCCUCAGGUUCAGCUCUGUGAAAGACAAACGGACUAAAGAGACCUGACAUUUAGACAAAUGUGACGACAGAUUAAGAUCACCACUGAGCAAAGUGGAAAACGUAUGACUUCAUAACCUUCCCACAGUGGGCUGUUAUCAGAAGGUUGUAUUUGGUCAUCCUGCAGAUAUCAGACCAACACAGGAGGGGCAGAGCACUUCCUUCCACUUCAUGUCCUGAAGGUGGAGGUUCAGGUCCUGUGAUCUCUGUACAACUUUUGUACAACAGGUCCCUCUGUGUCAGAGUUUAAAUUCUCUGCUUUGUUUCUGUUCCCUUCUUUCCUUCGGUGUCUCUUACAGACACACAAGGUAACUUUUAGCAUUAACAUGAGGCACACUGGGUCUUUUUUUGCCAUCAAAUUUUGAUCAGGAUUUCAGAAGUUUAACAAAGUUGAGAACUCCAGAAAAAUACCAUGUAAAAAUGAGAGACCCAGGUGUCUCAUAGAGACAGAGUGAGGUCAUCUCCAUCUCUCUGCAGCUGUUUUUGUAGCAGCUGUCAGGCAAGAAACGCAGUCAGGCUUUGUUAACAAGUGGCAAGUAUCCAAGUACCUGAUAGACACUGAUACAGAGAAAAAGAAAAGUAUACACAUUAAAGAGGUUUCUAGUAUUUCCCAGUUUGAAUUGGUCAAUUUUCUUUUAUGUAUAUCAUAUCCGUCCCUUACAAAACCAUAAACCAAAAAUAAUAAAAGCUCAUCUUUGCUCUCUCUCCUCAGACCGAGUCCUGGAGAAAGCUUUGCACAAGUGCGUCUUGAAGCCCCUCAAACCGAUAGUGAGCGCCGCCCUGCAGGAGUUCCAGGUGCGCAGCGGGGAGUGGCAGGAGCUGAAGGAGAACCUGUCGCUGGCCAAGAUGAGGCAGCCGCAGGAAAUGGGCGUGGCUGACACGCUGCCCCCGGACCCUAUGGCCAUAGAGAAGAUUAAACACAAGUUCCACACUAUGAGUAAACUGUACUCUCCUGAGAAGAAGGUGUCCACGCUGCUGAGGGUCUGCAAACUCAUCUACACCAUCAUGGAGGACAACUCAGGUGAGUGAUGGAGCGACCCUAAACCGGUCAAACCUACUAUUUCAAAAUCCUAAAAUCAAGUAAAAACUUAAUAUUUGUUUUUUUAUCCCUAAAAUUUGUUUAACCCUAGUGGUUAUAAUUGUUAAUUUUAUAUAUUAGUUUAAAUUUAUCUACAAACUAUUCUGUCUUCCUCUUAGGUCGUCUUUACGGUGCUGAUGACUUCCUGCCCAUGCUGACUUAUGUGUUGGCUCAGUGCGACAUGCCCCAGCUGGACAAUGAGAUCCUUUACAUGAUGGAGCUGCUGGACCCCUCACUGCUCCACGGAGAAGGUCUGUUUACAUCAACAAGCUGACCUCAGUGUUUCACAGACACAAAGCUGAUGAGAUUUGUCGACUAAAUCUCAGUUUCUGUACGUUUCAAGGUGGUUACUACCUGACGAGUGCCUAUGGAGCCAUGUCUCUGAUCAGGAACUUCCAGGAGGAGCAGGCGGCCAGAGUGCUGAGCUCUGAAACCAGAGACACUCUGCACCAAUGGCACCGCAGACGCACCAUGCAGCGCUCUGCUCCGUCUAUUGAUGACUUUCAGGUAAGACAAUCAGCAAUCAGAGUUUAGACAUUGCCUUCAAUGUUUCUGUCCCUCUGAAGAUGUUUUUAGAAAAUAUCCUCUGAAAUGUUCACAAAUGAUAAAUGAUAUUUUGCACCUGCACAAGCACAAUUGGAUCAACAUUUUGAUUAUGUGUCAGAGUAUGAAAGAGGUCUCCAGUGACAUAUGUGUUUGGCAAAAUGAUGGAGCAGCUGAUGAGGACGAGGUCCUCAGCUCCAAGUAGAAUCAGAGGGAGAACACACAGGGAUUGCUUUAUUACACUGAAAUUUUGUCUUUAUAAUCAAGUUUAAAGUGCUAUAAAAUGUAAAGUAGAUAAACUGAUAGUGUAUCGUGCACUGAAUUCAUUUGUAGUGUACUUUCACUUGAGGUUGCUGAACCACAGCACUUAACCAAAGAGAGAAAAGGAAACUAACUUUUACACCCUUGUAUGCAUUUGGAAAUGAAACAGGGUUUCAGGAAGCAAAAAACAAAACUAACAAAGUUUUUUAAGAUUUCAUAUCAGUUUUUAUAUUAUGCUUUUGAAGACAUACUCUUGUGUAGUGUAGUUUGGUGGAUGAAAUCAGUGCUGAGAAGAGUUUAUGAGACUUUCUUGGAGUUUUUACAAAGUUGUUGACUCGAGUUUAGACUGAGAAGUUGAGCCGCAGUUUCUGAAAGUUCCUCUUCUCUGUCUUCCAGAACUACCUGAGGGUGGCUCUGCAGGAGCUGGACAGCGGCUGCACAGCUAAAACCCUACAGGUCCGGCCCUACGCCACUGUGGAAGAGGUGUGUCAGCUGUGCGCGCACAAGUUUAAAGUGUCCGACCCGGAGAACUACGGCCUGUUUCUGCUGAUGGAGGGCAGCAGCCAGCAGCUGGCGCCAGACACCCACCCUCAGAAGAUCAAAGCCGAGCUUCACAGCCGCUCACAGGCCACUCCCUUCCACUUUGUGUACCGCCGAGUGGCCAGCAGCAGCUCAUCAUCAUCAGCUCCCCCUGAUACCAGACCCAACCUGAACAACAACACUAUGACCUCUGCCCCUAAAGCCAACCUGAACGACCUGAGCACAGACCUGUCAGAGCCCUCUCUCCAGCCCGCUCUCAGCCUUGGCCUCAGCCCCUCUCUGAGCCUCAGCGUGCCGCCCAGCCACCUCAACGGGAACUCCAUAUCAGUGUGACUGUCAGUGGAAGUCUUCUAAAAGAGUGAACAGAGUCUUUGUCUCCCUACUGUGACUCUAUCUCCCAUUUUCUCCGACAAACACGCUCCUAUUAGACCUUAAAGGGCCUGCGUGUUGACAGGGCUCCUCUGAGCUGACCGCUGUGUCGUGCCAGUCUUUACAAAGCCUGACUUCUCCUUUUUGGAUGACACGCCUGUCUCAGUCAACAUCCCCUCGCUGGAAUGUUUUGUCUGACAGACACGCGUGAAAGAGGAAAAGAAGAAAAGAGGGAAGGAAGUGAGAGAGAUGGAGUUUGUUUUUUUCCUCCCCCUGGCUCUAGAUUUGGUAUCAGAGCGGCACUUUGCUGAAGACAGCUCUCUAAAUCUGAACAAUUGGUUCAAAGAGCAACAUAGGGGUGAAAGUAGUGUAAAAUUGACCUGAACACUAACAGGUGUUCAAAGUCCUGCCUUAAUCCUGGUGUCAAGGUGCUGAUUCAGGGUCAGCUGUUCUUGAUGUUACCGUGAGGGUACAUAAUCUCAUCAGAGACGUGUUGUUAAACUAAUCUUUGAUCAGUCAUGUAACAUAUACUGCAGAUAGUUUAUGUAGGUGAUAGGUUGAACUAAGAUUGAACUGUUACAGUUGCUGGUAAACUGUAUUUUUAUAUUGUGUGUCUUUUGAAACUGUUAAUCCUUCAGAUGGUGAACGUGUUUUUAGAGGUUUUAGUGACACCCAGUGGAGACCGGUGCAAAUAACCAUUUGUUAUUUUCCGUUGAGUUUUAUUUAAAGCCUACUACAAGAAGUUUUAUGCUUAAAAAAAGAAGAGGAAGUUUGAUUUAGGAAAACAUGUGUAAAAACAUAACUAAAAAAAGCUGCAGUUAUGUUUUUAAAAAAAAGAAACUGCAUCUAAAUUUCUGUAAGUUUUAACCCAUAGUCACAGGUGAGUGUUCGAUACCAGCACUUUUAGCGAAAUCUUUGUGAGAGAGACCGGUUUUCUCUUGUACAGUGAGUCACAGCUGCCUUCAGAGACACUAUCUUCCCGCUGCCUUACUCUCCUCGAUGGCCAGUACGACUACGACAAUCCAAUCCCCUAUGAGGAGUGUCAAAAAGCAAAUAUCUCUGUAAUUUAAAAAAAAAUGGGAAAAAAGUAGUUCCAAGAAGAAGAGAAGAUUUGACCUCUUUUUAUUCUCCAUUGCUGGAGCCAAGAUGAACCUCCUUUCAUGUCUGUCUUCACAUCAGAAGAUGAUGGAAACAUUAGAGUCUACCUUAAAUCUGUGCCUCAGUGGCUUUUCUGUUCUUCUUUUUAUGUGCAGAAUUUUCUAUGCAGUCAGUCGCAUAUUUGCAGGUAAAACCCAACAUUAACAAUCAAAGACACAGCAUAAAACACUGCCUUUUUAUAUGAUAAUCUCAAGGAUUAACAUUUCAAAAUAUGUAAAAAUAAAUAUUGCUAUUGCAUGUAGUUUUGUGUUUAGAAACAGGCAUUUUUGCCAGUGUUUAGUGCUGUAACAUUCAUUUAUGUAUUUACUGAUUAUCCUGGUGAUUUGACAGAUACUGUUUCUUACCUGACACAUGUUUCUUGUUAUGGGUGCCUUUUCCAUUCUGGUUGAUAAUAAGAGGCCGAUGAACAAAUGUGGAUGGCUGCCAUGUAAUAAUGAUAGACAACUCUCUUUACUACUGACAAAUGAUAAGGGUUUAUAUCAAGGUAAAAGAAUUAUAUGUUCAUCUAUAAGCAGAUUUUGUGGACCUAAAGCUGGUCUGAGGUCACACACACAAACAAACACACAAACACACACACACACAGAGUGAAACAUGCUGUAAGGCUCUUAGAGAUGAUUUGGAAGACAAAGGUAUGUGAGGCCCCAGUUCAGAAGAGAUGAAAUGUUUUUGAGACAUGCUCACUCAGCUGCACCAGUGUUGGUGUAAAAAAAGAAAAUACUUGAAAUUUUCUAAUGAAUUUUAUAAGGUGUCAGUAGUUUCAAAAUUGAAUUGAUAUGCAGUUGAAUCAAUGAGCAUCUUUGUUUGUAGCACUCUAUUCAUUCCUCUUUUACAGAGAUGUGAGAUGUACAUGUGUGAGAUUUGGUUAAAGGAAAGGAAAGUGAAAGUUUUGCGACUCUGAGUGGAUUUCCAGUAUUUAAAGCUCUUGUGAGUUUUGGCGCCCCCUGUGGACAAAGCAGUCUGCUCUUCCUGUCAUUGAUUGAGGAUAUUUUAUCUCUAAAUUGUCAAAACAGGACUGCUCAGCCGACAUCUGCCCCCUCACAACAGUUUCAGGCAUAAAAAAUUAGGAUAUGUACAUAAUAACUAUUGUUGUUAAUGGUCUUGUUUGCUUUUAGAUGUUAUAAGAAGGCAUUAAUAUGAAUUACUGUUUAUUUCAUAACUGUCAAAAACAUCUUCACAGAAGCCUUAAAAAUAAAUGCCUUUGUACAUGUUUUGUCCAAAUGACUACAGGGUGUGAAGGUUUUGGAAAUGUUGAAAAAGUUAGCAGAUGUGAGACAUACUGCAGUAGCGCCAACACAUUCAUCAGAGCCUUUGAAGCAGAAAUCAAUGUGUCAUUGCGAGGAUUUUUUAAAUCUGGAAAUGAUCUAAGGAACUUUAUUUGACCUGUUUUAUUUUACGGGUCUGUCUCAUACUGGUUUAGAAAGAUAGACCCCCAUAAGUAAGACCAAGGUCCUAAAUACUGGAAAUCCCCUUUGAGAUUUUGGAAGAUUUGAGUGGCAUUAAGGUGAUAGAUCAGCUGUGUGUAAACAGUAUGUAGUUUAUGAUGUGUUUCUCUGAGGGCCAAGUAUUCAAAGCUUGAAUCAACUCGUGGUGUGAUGUUAUCAGUAAUCUAACUUUUUUUUUUUUUUUUUUUUUAGCAAAGUGAGUAUUUAUGUGUCUGUGCGGGGAUUUUUCACAGAUGGCUUUUCCAUGUCUAAAAUAUUCUAUUAUGGUUUCAUGAAUAUCAACUGCAUCCAGGAAAUAUCUUCCUGUUUAUUCUCUGUUGUUAUAAAUAUUCUUUUGCACUUAAUAAAUGUUGGAAAAGAA